GGCGGAGGCGGCAGCAGGCGAGCGCGGCAGCCGGCUGGCGGCAUGCGGCGGGCGGGACAAAGGAGGACGGCCGAGCCCAGUUCCUGCGGGAGAUCGGAGACCCGGAGCGACCGAGGAGGCAUCGCCAGCCUCGCCUCUGCUCGCCGAGGCGCAGAUCUGCGAUCCGGUUUGGCCGAGCGUCCCUCUCCUCGAUCGCUCUCGCCGGAUCGUGCCCGGCUCCUGAGCUGCUCAAGGUGAGAAGGUGAGGGAGAGGCUCUGGGUUAAACCUCUGGUAUCUGACGGCUGGAUCUCCCAUAAACCUGAUCCGGCGGCUGGGUGGGUGAUCUUGUAGAAACGCGCGCGCACCUUUCCCUCUGCGCCCCUGAACCUUUUUUUACCCCUUCCCAAGGGCCGGGCUCCACUCUACAACGCGUGAAGAAUAUAUAUGUAUAUAUGGAGAGAGCGCGCGUGCAAGUGUGUGAGAGUGUCAUUGAACAUAUGCAGAGUGCCUUUUGCAACCCCGGUGAGAAUCGGCGACUCCUUAUGGGGUUUUUAAGGGAGCGGCUCCCAGCAGGGCCCCCAACACUUUUCAUGUGGAAGAGCUGGACUUAUGAGAGCAUUCAAGUUUCUUACGUUGAGUCGGAUCGUGGGUCCACUGUUGCCUUCUCUGUCUGGCUGUGACUCUCCAAGGCAUGGAGCGGUGGGCGUCUUUUUGCCACCCUCGCUGCCAGAGAUGUUAAAACGGGAGACUGCCGGAGAUUUGAGCCUGACGCCACAUAUAAAUCAUGUGCUCUGCCCCCAAGGUAUGUACAUGUAUUUAGGAGGCGAAAGGCUACACGAAUUCCUGUGCAUGUUUACAGGCGGCUGAACUCCGUGGCAUUUAUUUUUGAACAAGCGUGCUCCGGAUUGUGCAAAGCGGGACUAAUUGUGCAUAGCAGCGCAUUGUUAGAACGGUGCCCCACAAACAGUUUGUACCCUCUGGUUUUAUUUGGAUCUUCUUAAUGCCUGCGCAUCCCCAGGUACAGAGGUUAGAAAAAACUGCAGCUGGAGCUCCGACUAUCACCUGGUUUUGGAUAACCACAAUGUAGCUCAGGGACAUGGAGAGUCACACUGGCCAGGAAGUAAGCCCCAUUGGACUCUGUGGAAUUUUCUUUUGAGUACAUGUGCAUAGAAUUCUACUGUCAACGAAUUAAAGGCCAUAUAAAUAGUCAGGUAGCGUUUUAUUUAACCGUUUGCUGUUCCUAACGUGUGGAACCAGCAAUAGAAUGUGGCUGUGUAUGCCGUAUUUUUCGCUCUAUAAGAUGCACCAGACCACAAGACGCACCUAGUUUUUGGAGGAGGAAAACAAGAAAAAAAAUAUUCUGAAUCUCAGAAGCCAGAACAGCAAGAGGGAUCGCUGUGCUGUGAAAGCAGCGAUCCCUCUUGCUCUUCUGGCUUCUGGGAUAGCUGUGCAGCCUGCAUUCGCUCCAUAAGACACACACACACAUUUCCCCUUACUUUUUAGGAGGGAAAAAGUGAGUCUUAUAGAGCAAAAAAUACGGUACCCACAUUUCAGCAAGGUUUCGGUUCAGGGUUCCAGCCUGCUUGCCCUCCUCCAGGACACUCCAUUCCACCUACACCCAGUUUUCCUUUUCCAACUCGGCAUUCUCUACCAACUGAGCAAGCUUGGUCCUCACUGAUGUUCAAGUCCUCAGGAUGUUCCCCUGAGCAUGCUCAUACUCCCUUUGCGUUCCUCAGCGGCCCUGUCUUGGUACAGUCCUGUCGGCACGCACCACCUGAGCUUGUUAUUGGAGAGAGUGAUUUAUUGCUACCAUUCCAGAAACACCUUCUUGCCCAUUUCCUGCUGUUACAGAGAGUGGCCACCAAGAGCACCUCAUUUGAUCACCUUGCGGUUCAGGUUUGCUACCUGGAGGAUACCCUUCCAAAGACAUUGUCCAUCGGGCGACCUCUGGACCAAAGACCAACACAAUCCUCCUCUCGCACAUCCGCAGCCGGAUGUCGCAAAUGACAGUGCUCAGUUUACCUGGCUGCGAUCUGUGCUCAGGCUAUUGCAACCUCCAUUUUACGCACAAUCUUAGUGCCUUGGGGUGAGUUUCCAUUGUGACUUCACUGUAGGGCCCCAGAUGGAGCGACUGAUUCCAGGUUUGGGGGGUGGGGAGUAGACGAGGGUGAGGCUUCUACAGCUUGGGGCUGAGAGAUCCUGGCUUCUAAUCUGAUGAAGGUGCAGGAAACCCUGGAGCAAAAGGAGUGAGUCAGUUUCUCCAGUCACAGGCAAAGGGAAAAGCCCCCAGCUCUGCAGGGUUCCGGGUGAUGCCUGAUUCCUGAGCAGAGGGCAAAAUCAGGAGGCUUUCUGGACAAAGGGCACUUCCACACACUCCUCCUGGCUGUUGAACAGUUAUCUUGAUUUGUUCGCAGGGUGGUUAGACGAUGUGUCAAGCAAGUGUUAUUUCACACGUUUGCAUUUUGCUUUCCUUGUUGCAAAAGGUCCAAUAUUUUCAGCAAGCGGGUUUGUCGUUCAAGGCACACCCACCCAGUUCAACUCUGAUUGCGCAAUCCCGAAUUUGCUAGUACAGUGGUACCUCGGGUUACAUACGCUGCAGUUUACAUACGCUUCAGGUUACAGACUACCCAGGCUAACCCAGAAAUAGUACCUUGGGUUAAGAACUUUGCUUCAGGAUCAGAACAGAAAUCGUGCUCUGGUGGCGUGGCAGCAGCAGGAGGCCCCAUUAGCUAAAGUGGUGCUUCAGGUUAAGAACAGUUUCAGGUUAAGAAUGGACCUCCGGAACGAAUUAAGAACUUAACCCAAGGUACCACUGUAUGGGAUUGAAAAUUGUGACAAUCCAGAAGGGCUCGCAGAGAACCGGGGGGGGGGGGGGACAGCGAGGACAACUGCCUUACGCCGAGUCACACCAUUGGUCCAUUUACCUCAGUAAUGGCUGCACUGAUUGGCAGCAGCUCUGCAGAGAGUCUUUCCCCAGUCCUACCUGGGAGGUUCUAUUGAGCCUUCUGGGGCCUUCUGAAGUAAAGCAGAUGUUCUACCACUCAACUACAGACCUUUUCCUUGUCACCCACAAGGUUUGCUGGGUUAGAAAUGGGAAAGGUGUGCCCUGUGUACGAGACAAGGAAGCUUUAUACUGUACUGGUGAGAUGAAAUAUGGAGGAUCUGUCAGCAAUUGUCUUUCCAUACAGAGACAGCUGGGAGAGGAAAGCCUUGACACAUGUGUGCCUGUGUGCCUAAGACAGGUGGCUUUGUUGCCAGGUGCCUUUGCACUCAUGCACUUAGCGGGCAAAUGAUGGGGAACUUCCAGCUCCCUGAGCCUCAUGUUUCAAAGGGAACCCACUGGGGAACAAGCUUCAUCCGCACCCUGGCAAGUUCAUGGAAUUUGGGGUCCUGCUCUUGGAGGAAGUCACGCCUAGUGGUUAGAGCAGUGUUGUGCCAAAUCUCCGGUGCCUAAGGGACCCUUUGUUUUCAUCUGAAGCAGAAUGGGAAGUGUGUUCUGGGUGAGCGGAUUUAAAUUGCUGCGGGGACAAAAAAGGCCAUUUUAAAUAGAUGCCUUGUGAAGGAACUGGCAAAGGUAUGGCAGUAGCAGGUGUAGCUUCAAACAGGUGGCUUUAAAAGGGGAUCAGACAUUCAUGAAGAAGGAGGGGUUUUUUUACCAACUAUUUUUUAGCUGUGGAGACUGUAGAGAAUCUCCAGGUGCUGAAGGACUGAAUGUGGCCCUCCAGGGCUUUUUAUCUGGCCCUUGGAAUGCUCUGCAGGCCCUGCCUUUCACCAGCCCUUCUCUCCCCUCUGAGUUGUUUCCCCCGGCUAGAUUGCAUCCCUGAACUCUGAUAAUGCUUGUCUGGAUGGGAGACCAAGAAGGGGGUUUGUGCUGCAGAGAAACUAGCCUGAUGCUCCGCCCACUUGCCUCUGGUCCCACCCACCAUGGACAUGUGAUCCUUGCCAGGUUGCCCCAAAGGGAAUGCAUCCCUUGGUUUGAAUGCCGCUUACUGGAGAGUAGCAACCAAAGAGUACAGUUGUGCUGACGUCCUGCAUGUUCGCCUUUCAGAGCACAUCUGGUUGGCCACUAUGUGAAGCCGGAUUCUGGGCUAGAUCGAUGUUUGGGGUUCUUCUUAAUGGGAUGAUUUAACUCCCUUCCCCCCUUUCUCUUUUUUAAUGCACAUACUCUCCUGAACAUGCGUGCAGCCAAGCUGGUGGUUUAUAUAACCACAGAAUUAUUUCAGUUUGCAGCCAAGCAGAGCAUUUAUAGAGCCUAGGACCAUAGUCCAAAAACCUUUGGUCGUGCACGACCCCUGCGGCGGUGAAUUAUAUCUGCGUAGAGAUAAUGCGCAGGUUUCUGAUAAGCUUUUGCUGCGCAGCUGCAAAGAUGUGCAGAGUGAGAUAAACGUGUUGCUUGGAAGCUGAGAGUGCAAUCCUGGAGUUGCAUCAUGGAGAAGAAGGAAGUCUGGUUGGACUCAGUGUGGUGAAUCUGAUGGGCAGGAGGCCUUGUUUCUCCUAGCUUGUGUCCUCCAGAUGUUGUUGGACUACAACUCCCAUCAUCGUGCUUGUUGGCCACGCUGGCUAGGGAUGAUGGGGGUUGGAGCCCAAUAACAUCUUGAAGGCUGCAGGUUUGGAGGUCCACAGGUCCGCAGCUCAGUGGUAGAGCAUUUGACUUGCAGGUUCAAUUCCUGGCAUCUCUAGGUAAGGACUCUGGGAGGAGCACCUGUUGAAACCCUGGAGAGCUUCUGCCAAUCUGUGUUCAAUACUGAGCUGGGUGGGGCAAUGGCCUGAUUCGGUAUUAGCAGUUUCUAAUGUACCUUAUAUCUCAUAUUUUUAAAUAAAGGGCCACUCUGUUCUGGUUGGCAGUCUGAAUCGGGGUGGGGACUUAUCUGAAUCAGAUAAAGGCUGGAGAUGCAAUGAGGUAGAGCAGGUAUGUCCAAAGUCUGUUUUUGGGGCCUAAUCCGGCCCGCCGGUCAGUUUUAUUUGGCUCUUAUGGCAGUUUAUCUCCUGGGGUAAAAUCCUAAAAAAAAGCUUAACAGCUUCAAUCUUAAAAAAGAAGCUCAACAACUUCAAUCCUAAAAAAAAACUUUGGUCGGCCGUCACGCAUGUUCACUUCAUCAAAUCUGGCCCUCUUUGAAAAGGUUUGGGCACCCCUGAGGUAGAGGGUAUGUUCUUUCACACAUGGAGGACCUAUAAAAGGGUAAAAGAGUAUUGGGAAAUAAUUUAUAGUGAAUUGAAAAAAAUGUUUAAAAGUACUUUUCCAAAAAAAACACACCCAGAGGCCUUUUUGUUGGGGAUAAUUCAGAUGGAAAUUCCCAGGUGUCAAAAAAGGUUAUUUAUGUAGGCCACUACUGCCGCCUGUGUUUUGUUAGCCCCAAAAUGGAAAAUGAGUGAGGUUCCAACUAAGGAAGAAUGGCAACUUCAGCUGAUCGAAUAUGUGCAGCUUGUGGACCUAACACACAGAAUAAGAGAACAAAAAGAACAUACGUUUAAAGAAGAAUGGAAAAUGUUUAUUGAAUAUAUGGGGAGGGGGGAAUUGUGUACACUUGAAACAUGGGCAGCAUUAAGAUAAAUUCGACAGUGUAAAUAAGUUUUGAUGGAUGUAAUAAUGGAAUACUAAAUGGUUUAGUUAAUACAAAAUAUGCAGGGAUUUAUGUUAUGCAAAAUGAACCAUGGAAAGAGAACCAAGGGAAGUUUUUGAAAUUUUGUUGUUGUUGUUGUCGUUUAGCCGUGUCCGACUCUUCGUGACCCCAUGGACCAGAGCACGCCAGGCACUCCUGUCUUCCACUUUGAUAUUUUAAGGUUAUUUAAAUAUGCGUCAAGUGCAGACCUUCAUCCCUUUUCUGUCUGGCCCCUGGGACUCUUCCCAAGCCAUGGCCUUUGCUGCCUGUGCGCCAUGCCCUCCUGCAACGCUGCUGCCCGACUGGAUGGAUGAUGGUGAUUUGAGUGUCUUUGAAAACCAAAGAUUGAUAUGUGGCUUGGAUGUAGCCCACUGUACAAAGGCCAUUUGUGGCUUUUACUAUUGUUCCCUCUGGCCCCUGAAGGGCUGCCUACAAGGACAUGGGUCCCUGGACCUGAAAAUAGUUGCCCACUGCUGGUCUAAAUGCUUUAUAAGCAGGUUGGGGGGGGGACCUUUGGCUCUCCAGCUACAGCUGAACUAUGACUCCCAUCAGCCACAGCAAGCCUGACCAACGGUCAGCCAUGAUGGGAGUUGUAGUUCCGCAACAUCUGGAGGACCAAAGGUUCCCCACACCUGGUUUAUAGUUUGCCUGACAAUUCUAACAAGCUGGGAUGGCUCCGUCGGUAGAGCAUGAGGCUCUUGAUCUCAGGAUCGUGAGUUCAAGCCCCACAUUGUGCAAAAAGACUCCUGCGCUGCAGGGGGUGGACCAGAUGACCCUCAGGGUCCCUUCCAGUUCUGCAAAUCUGCGGAAUCUAUGUUUCUAACCUGUUGCAACAUACGUAGUGCUUGAUCUCAAAAGGGCUUUUUUUUGGCACGAUACCAUCAGUCAGAUCUUUGGCUGCGGUUCUGUAGUUAAUUGCCUUUUAUUGAUAUGUUUACCCAGGAGCAGGUCCCAUUGAAACAUUAUUGCCGUGUAGAUGCGUAGAGAAUUAGACUGUUGCCUUUGGGGCACUUUUCGUUUCAUUCCAAUGUCGUUAGUUGCCUCAAAGAACUCUUGCGAAAAUGGAUAUUGAAAUGAUACAAUAAAUAUAUAUCCUUACAGCAUGUAUGUAAAAAAUUGUAAAACAUCGCACUUUGAAAAUAUAUACAGUACAUCUGUCUCUCUCUAUCUGCAUUUUAAACAGCUGCAUAUAAACAUCUGAAUAUAUUUUAUUCAGGUUUAUUCAGGUUUGUGUGCAGCCACAGCAGGUACUGUUAAUACUCCAAUGGUUUAACUUUACCCCCAAGGUGUAUUCCUCCAUUGUCUCUCUCACUGACGGAUGCCAACAGGGGUGUACAUCCCCACAGGGACGUGGGUGGCGCUGUGAUCUAAACCGCAGAGCCUCUUGGGCUUGCCGAUCAGAAGGUCGGCGGUUUGAAUCCCCGUGAUGGAGUUAGCUCCUGUUGCUCUGUCCCAGCUCCUGCCAACCUAGCAGUUCGAAAGCACACCAGUGCAAGUAGGUAAAUAGAUACCAUUGCGGCGGGAAGGUAAACGGCGUUUCUGUGCACUCUGGUUUCCGUCAUGGUAUCCCGUUGCACCGGAAGCAGUUUAGUCUUGCUGCCCACAUGACCCAGAAAACUGUCUGUGGACAAACACUGGCUCCCUCGGCCUGAAAGCCAGAUGAGUGCCGCAACCCCAUAGUCGCCUUCGACUCAACUUCACCGCCCAGAGGUCCUUUACAUUUACUUUUACAUCCCCACAUAUACGUGAACAAUCUCCCUUUAAAACAGAAACACUCCAUCAUCUUUGUCUUUAAAAGAAGUUGCUGGCUCCCCUACCCCAAAAAGCCUUGUUUUCAUCGUGAAGGUCGCUGUUCUCCAACUGAGGAAGUAUAAUGGGAGACUCCCAUGUGACAUAAAGGUAAAGGGGACCCCUGACCAUUAGGUCCAGUCGUGACUGGCUCUGGGGUUGUGGCGCUCAUCUCUCUUUAUUGGCUGAGGGAGCCGGCGUACAGCUUCCGGCUCAUGUGGCCAGCAUGACUAAGCCGCUUCUGGCGAACCAGAGCAGUGCACGGAAACGCCAUUUACCUUCCCGCUGGAGUGGAACCUAUUUAUCUACUUGCACUUUGACGUGCUUUCGAACUGCUAGGUUGGCAGGAGCAGGGACCGAGCAAUGGGAGCUCACCCUGUCGUGGGGAUUCGAACCGGCGACCUUCUGGUCAGCAAGUCCUAGGCUUUGUGGUUUAACCCAUAGCGCCACCUACGUCCCUUUCCCAUGUGAAAUGAAACAUAGCAAAGACGGGGCAAUAUGGCAAUGAGUAGCGGUGGCCGCUGUGCUCGUUUGGUAUCCCUUUCCGCUUUAAUUGAAGCGUCAGAUGAUAGUAAUUGUCCUGCUCCCUGGACCCUUGUUGUUUACAUCCUGACUCAGCGCACACUCAGCGCACACUUGGGCAUGUGGACAUGCGUUUGCCAACUCAUUUGACGGAAUGGGCUCCCGUCCAUGUGCAUUUACGCCACAGUAAAUCUGCUAGCCUUUAGGUGUCGCAAAUCCCUUUAAAUGCUUGCCAAGUCAGGGCCGUGCUUUGCGGAGUGGCCCGUGGAAAGCCUUGCCACGUUUUGUUCUUGCUGCAACAGACCGAUCGGGCUCACCCUUUGGGGGAAACUGCCAAAAUUUUAUAUAGCUUGUUGGCCAGAUGAAGUGGCAUGGAUGGAUGGAGAGAGAAGGAUUUAGAGAGAGAGGAUGCUAUAGAAAUCCUGCAAACACUUUUACCAUGGGUCAGUGGUCCUGGGUACAAAAAAGGGUUCACUAUACGAUAUGAUACGAUAUGAUACAUCUUUAUUGCCAUUGCCCCAUACAGAACAACGAAAUUGAAAAAAUCUACACCAGACAUUCAAAAACAAAUAAGCCUGCUAUCCCAGCCUGGCUAACCCACUAAAAAGUCUGAUACCCCAUAAUUAAAUACAAUAUACUCCCACAGAGACUACCUUACACUGCGUUUAAAACCAAAAUCGCAUUUGGAUAAAAACUGUUUCUCAGGCAGCUAGUCCUAGUCUUUAUAACCAUGUACCUUCUUCCAGAAGGCAGAAGCUGGAAGAGAUAAUUUCCAGGGUGCGUACUAUCUGUGCAGUCUUAUAAAUUCUCCAGGCGCCAGCCAAGUUUUGGGAUUGGCACAGGUCCAAUUGUGAUUUCUGGGUGCCAGCUUCGCGACUGACAUCUGACUGGCCCCUCCUGCUUUCUUAAGCAGGUAGGCAGAAAAGCUCAUUUAUUGCAUUUACAGUGGUACCUCGGGUUACAUACGCUUCAGGUUGCAUACGCUUCAGGUUACAGACUCCACUAACCCAGAAAUAGUACCUCGGGUUAAGAACUUUGCUUCAGGAUGAGAACAGAAAUUGCACAGCGGCAGCAGGAGGCCCCAUUAGCUAAAGUGGUGCUUCAGGUUAAGAACAGUUUCAGGUUAAGAACGGACCUCCGGAACGAAUUAAGUACUUAACCCGAGGUACCACUGUAUAUCCCAUUUUUUUCUCCCAAAGUUCACUCCUCUCCUCAGUUAAUCCUUACAACGACCCUGUGAGGUAGGUUAAGAGUCUGUGACUGCCCCCAGGUCAUCCAGUGAGCUUCAUGGCCCAGUGGGGAUUUGAACCCUGGGCUCCCAGUUCCUUGUCCAACACUCUACCAGGUAUGGCCAAACUUGGCCCGCCAGCUGUUUUGCGACUACAAUUCCCAUCAUCCCUGACCACGCCUCCUUUUAGCUAGGGAUGAUGGGAGUUGUAGUCCCAAAACAUCUCAAGGGCCAAGUUUGGCCAUGCCUGCGACACCACCCUGGCUCCCUAGAGCCUUUCUGCUAUGGGACAGCUCUAUAAAUUAAGUCGGUAAAUAAAUAUGGGGAAAGCAAAAUGUCACUUAGAGAAGGGUUUGAAAUAUUUUCUUUGAAGCUUGCAUUUGUUUUAUUCUGGAUUUCUUUAUUUGAUGUUUUGAAGUGAUGUAAACCGCUUUGAGAUUUUUUUCUUUAAAAUACAAAGCAGUAUAGAGAUCAAUAAUAAUAAACCUCAUUGCAACAAAGAAAAAAGGUGUCUAGACAUUCGGUUGUGGCGACCACAACCUAGGUUUAAGGUGCCAUUUGGUGAUUAGCUGAUAUAUCUGAGCUGAGAACCAUGAGUCUUGCAGAGUGAUAAUUGCCAACCCUAGAGGUAGUUGAAUUUUCUUGAAUGCUCGCUUUGGGAGUGAUUGAAUGGUCCAAUUACAUCCAGUGCAAAGGUAGGGAAGAAUUUCCUGCUUCCGAGACAGGUUGAAAGGAGGCCAAGGUGAUAAAGAGAGUUAUGGGAUGGACUUUAAUUGUUUCACUGUUUUAUUUCCCAUGAAACACUGGCAGCAUGGGGAAAUGGUCAGAGUCAAAGUUGGCCUGAUGUAGUGGACUCCGUCUUUGGAGUCUGGCUAGGGGAGUUCUGGGUUCAGAUUCCGCCUUCAGCUGGGGACUGCGGAACCAUAAAGUGCCUUUCGCAAUAAAAAAAAUUGCCACAGGAGAGAUUCAUAAUAAUGUCGCCAGCCAGUGGCAGUUCCCGGCAUGCAGAAUGCUUUUUACCCGUCUUUUGUGAAAAAAAUGGGUGCUCGUCUCCUGCUUUUUGUGGGAGGCCUCAGACCUUCAGAUACCAGGGAAACUGUGUCAGAGGAAAUGCAGGUAAGAUAUCAGGAGGCGGUAAUUGUGUUUAUUUUGCAGAGUGAUCAUUCAACAGGGGCGGGGGCCAGUCGACUUUCCUGAAAUGUUAUAAUAGUGCAUUCCAGGAAACCUAUUUUUAUUUUGAUAGCUCCAUAGCGGAAGGCGCUCUGUGCAUGCUCAGAACUGCUCUUUCUCUCUCUCUCUCUUUCUCUCUGAUCCUGGGGACAGGGUCCAUGGCCACAGGUCCUGUUUAAGCUCAAAGCUUGUUCACGGUUAAAAUUUUUAAAAAAUGCAUUCAGCAUGCCAAAGAUGAAAAGGGGUCGGUGCCUCACGGAUUUUGGCUGCUGGUGGCAGUCAUUAUUUGCCUAUAUUAUUAAAUUUUCUGUUUUACAAUUUAGAAUACUCAUUUAAACAUCCUUAAAAUAUCAAUGACUUCCCUUCUUCUCUUUCCAUGGUUCAUUUUGCAUAUCAUAAAUCCCUGCAUAUUUUACAUAAACUAAACCAUUCAAUGUUCCAUUAUUACGUCCAUCAAAACUUAUUUACACUAUUGAAUUUAUCUUAAUGCUGCCAGCGUUUUCAAGUGUACACAAUUCCCCCCCCCAUAUAUUCAAUAAAAGAAUUCCAAUCUUCGCUAAACUUAUGUUGUUCUUGUUCUCUUAUUCUGUAUGUUAACUCCGCAAACUUUGCAUAUUCCAUCAGCUUAAGUUGCCAUUCUUCUUUAGUUGGGACUUCACUCAUUUUCCAUUUUUGGACUAACAAAAUACGGGCCGCAGUAGUGGCGUACAGUGGUGCCUUGCAAGACGAAAUUAAUUCGUUCUGCGAGUUUUUUCGUCUUGCGAAUUUUUCGUCUUGCGAAGCACGGGUUCCCAUAGGAAUGCAUUGAAAAUCCAAAAGGAAACAAACUUGCAAGACGUUUUCGUCUUGCGAAGCAAGCCCAUAGGGAAAUUUGUCUUGCGAAGCAACUCAAAAAACGAAAACCUCUUUCGUCUUGCGAGUUUUUCGUCUUGCGAGGCAUUCGUCUUGCGAGGUACCACUGUACAUAGAUAACCUUUUUUGACACCUGGGAAUUCCCAGACAGAAAUUCCCAGGCAGUCAUUGUUUGUGACCUCCUCCAAGGAAAACGAGGUGUCUUGGAGAAUUGCAGCCUAGCUGUUGCCCCUAAACACCUAGUUUUCUACAUGCAUGAAAGUGUUGUGUCUUGGGAAGCAUUCAGUUAUCUAAGAACCUCCCUGUGCUGCUGCAGGUGGUGCUAGUUAGACACAGGUUUCCCACCUCAUUGAGGACUGGUGGCUUGACUAAGUAUAUUUUUAUUUUAUUUUUGAGGGCAUUGCUUUAUCACUUUUGUGUUUGUCUCCCUUGGGCUCUUCCGGGUGGAAGACGGUGAUAUAAAUUUGCUAAUAACCACUAUCACUAUUUCUGUGGGAAUUUGGAGCCAAGUGAAAGGGACUGUUAGCAUCGAAGCCAGCUCUCUCAGGGUUGGGUGGGGGCACCGUUAGGGCAAUAGUCUAGAGCAGCGGGCCAGGGUUCCACACUGCCUAAAGAGCAGGUGGGCUUCCAAAUUCAGUGGGGUGGGCAUACCACAUUUUAGAAUGAGGCUGCGUAUAUAUUUGGAAGCACAUUGCUAGCCACAAAGAACCAUAGAAUUGUCAAAUUGUAGAGUUGAAUGGGACCCCAUGGGUCAUCUAGUCCAACCCCCGCAAUGCAGGGAUCCUGGGAACUGUAGUUUAAGGGUGCUAGCUCUGUGAGAGGUAAACAGUUCCCAGAAUUCUUUUUUUGAGGGCGUGUACUUCAAAUAUUUUUUAAAUGCAUGCUGUCUAUGCACUAGGUUCUUCCACCCCAGAUGACCAUUAAGUCCAGAAUCUAAACCUUCCUGUCUGCACCUAUGGGUGCUGUUCUUCUUCUUCUUAAUUGCUAAAAGGCAAAUGGGGCAGGGAGGCGAAAGGAGUGCACUGUCUCUUCAUGCGUAGUUGUCCAUUGAGAUCGCUUGCUUACCGGGCUCUCAUUCCGCCUGGAAGGAAGUGUACAUUGCGUUGGAAAGGGACAAUGGACACAAGACAGUUUGCGGACUGCUCCCCUUUCUCGGAAAGUGACUCAUCAGCCUCCUCUCUGGGAAAAGCCUGUGCCAGUUUUCAAAAGUUUCUAAACAGUUGGGUCUCAACAUAACCACCCCAAAAAGGGGAGCGGGGCGGGAGGUGGCAUUGUAAAUCUCAUCUCUACAAUUCCCAGAGUUCCCUGGGAAGCGGGAGCAAUAAACCACUAUUCCCCAGCUACAAUUCCCAGAACAGCUUAACCAUUAAUUCACCUUUUCAGGGAACGCUGGGAACUGUAGCUCUGUGAGGGGAAUUGGGGUCUGCUGACAAUAGUGCCAUUAUCAAAUGGCGGUUCCCAGGAUUCUUGGGAGGAAGCCGUGAAUGUUUAAAGUAGUAAAAUACUGCUUUAAAGGGGCCUGGCAUCCAGAGUUCCCAGAAUUAUGUGUUGGGGAUGAAAUGGAGUGUACCCCCACGAUCACACUUGAUUUCCAGCAGGGGAACUGUGUGAGUCUGCUGCUACAACAUCAACAGUUUUGCAGCACCUGAACAACUAAAACAUUUUAUUGUGACAUGCAUCUGGGAUGGGGGGUGGGGUUGGUAGCUGGACAAUGGAUGUUGCUGGACUCCCAUCAACCGCUGACCAGCAGGGCCAGUGGUCAGGGAAGUUGGGAGAUGUAGUUCAGGAACAUCUGUCAAAGUGUGGGGGAGAGGACUGAUAUUAUGAUGGCUAUUUUUUUCUUAGACUAUCUGUCGGUGUGCUUUUCAUCAUCUUUUUAGCAAUGUUUUUAUCAUUGAUGUUCUGUAAUGUGUUUGUAAUGUUGUACACCCCCCGGGAUUUUUUGAUAAAGGGUGGUACAGUGGUACCUCGGGUUAAGUACUUAAUUCAUUCUGGAGGUCCGUUCUUAACCUGAAACUGUUCUUAACCUGAAGCACCACUUUAGCUAAUGGGGCCUCCUGCUGCCUCCGCACCGCCAGAGCACGAUUUCUGUUCUCAUCCUGAAGCAAAGUUCUUAACCUGAAGCACUAUUUCUGGGUUAGUGGAGUCUGUAACCUGAAGCGUAUGUAACCUGAGGUACCACUGUAUAUAAAUUGAUGCUGAUAAUAAUAAUCUGGACCGCCACAAGUUUCUCAUCCUUGUCACGAGCCUUUUCUUCAUUACAAACCCACCUCAUGUGAAGCGUUCUCUUGAGUUGCUGGUGUUUCUACACAGGGCUGUGGAUGUAAACAGGCAGAAAAGUACAGACAGCGGCAAUUACCGUUAUUAAUGUGUAGGUGUUGACACAACAUUCGGCCUGCUAAUUAGCACAUGCAGUGUGAUUUAAAACACCUUACCUGAUUUCAAGCCGCAAGUGGGUUGGCGGAACAGAUUUGUAGGUUUCACAACCUUGCUCUUGUGCCCCCGCCCUGGCCCAUACCCAGCACACGCGGGACAAAAAAUAUGUUUGCUUGCUCCUGAAAUCUAUAUGCAGUGCAAUAAAUCCCUCCCUACCCUCUGUGCUGGAAUGCACAAGCGCUUUACAACCUGGGGUGUGCCCAGAGAAAGCUAUGCAGAUGCCACACGCACAAAAGGGUGUGACUUUGGCAGCAAAGCAAAGCUCCUUGAGAUGCUUCCCUUUUAUACCUUCCCCCUGGUAAGUUUCUAGUUCUUAUUGAGGCCAGCUUGAUGCAUGCAAGGCUUGUUCAGUCUUGGAAGCUGAAGGGGUGGCUGAAAUUUUUUUGAGAAGUCACGGAAGCAAGGCAUUUUUGCUGCAGACUGUCCCUUGAUAUUUGUAGAAACGACGAUGCAAAAUACGGUGAAAUAAGGUCCUUAAAUUGCAUAAUUUGUGCAGGUGGGCAAACCCAAGUUCUUUUCAGGUAUAGUUUCUUUUAUUACCAUUCUUCUUUAGUGCAUGGCAAUACAGAUAGCUUUUGGCACGGGGUGUGGGCGGCCGUGGGGGAAAAGUUGUGCAAGAAAGCUUUCAGAGUGGGAUGUCUGGCUACAUUUGAUUCCCACCCCCUCUUAUGUAAUAAGGUUCUUUCGCAACCCUCUUGUGCAAAGAAACAGUAACUAUGCAUGCAGGAGCCUGUUUCUGCACACAGAGCAGAUUUUUUAAAAAGGUAUUUUUAAAUCCUGUCCCUUGAAAAAUUGUAUUUCUGAUUUAAGAAAUGGAAGCUUUUUUUUUUUUUAAAGAGUGCAGAUCCUGCUGUCAGCAAAUGAGGUGUAUGUUGUGCACAGAGAGGCCAGGAAGGACGAGGUGGCCGAGUGGUUAAGGCGAUGGACUGCUAAUCCAUUGUGCUCUGCACGCGUGGGUUCGAAUCCCACCUUCGUCGUUGUCGAACUUUUUUGGGGAGGGAAAAGGCCGAAGCUCCAGAGAGACGCAGUCGCACUGAGAUCUGCAGGGCUCUCUGGAUUGCAGCCAAAGUGCCUGGGGACCCCCAUCAGCCCCAGGCAGUAUGCCCAGAGAACAGGGGAUGAUGGGAGUUGUAGGCCAACAAGAUCUGGAGUACCACAGCUACGGUUUAACAAAGCCCAGGAAUGACUGUUCUAAUAAACAAGUGUGUUCGGAGAUAAGGUCAAGGCUGGUUACAGGUUUUUUUGGGUUUUUUUCUGAGGGGUGGCAAAACUGUGUCUCCCCUUCCCACCAUGGGCUUAUCAGGUAGUGGCAGGUAGCAGCAAUUGGCUUCCAUUUUAAUUUCCCACAGUGCCGAGGGUUGGUGCUAUGUCAGGGGCAUUGUGGGUAAUUAAAAUGGCUGCUAAAAGACUCUUGGCUGAAACCAUGGAGCCACUGCAAUAUUUGAUUGGAUGAACCAAUGGUUUGACUUACAUCUCAGUUCACAGUACAUAUUAACCAACUAGUGCGCAUGUAAACAUAUUAAACGGUGUAUAUACAAAACAUCCUGAAUUAUUUUUAGACCAAUGGUCCCUACACCCUAAGGUGGAGCAUCUUAAACAGUUUACACUAGACAUAUAUCUUGCAUGAUUGAUCUUCCACAGCCAAUCUUCUCCAGUGGCCAACCUAACCUGCCACGCAGGGGUGUUGUGUGGCUUAACCUGGGGGCAGGGAAAUCUUGUAGUCUGCGCUGAGUUCUGUGGCAGAAGAUCGGGGUUGCAAAAAUGUAAUAAAUAGAUAUGCCACAGUCAAAAAGAAUUGAGUUCCCAGAAUUGUUAACCUCUGUGUAUGUUUGCAGGUUUCUGCUUGUAAUAACAAUGGGUUCUUUUUGCAGUCAUUAUUUGGCACACUGCAUUUUAACCCUGGGAGAAGAAAGCAAGCCUUAACCUGAAAAGGGUGGUGCUCUCUUAAAUAAACCAUUGGUGUAUGCUGCAAUGAGUUGGCGUAGCUUAGCCAAAUCUCCACCCAUAUUAACGUUUUGCAUCGUUCUGGCCCAUCUUUCAUGGCCUGUUGGUGGCCAUAUGAACAUAAACACAAGAAUCAUAGAAUUGUACAUUUGGAAGGGACCCUGAGGGUUUUCUAGUCCAACCCCCUGCAAUGCAGGAAUCUCAGCUGAAGCAUCCAUGACGGAUGACCAUCCAGCCUCUGCUUAAAAACCUCCAAGGAACGAGAGUCCACAGCUUACUGUGAGAGUCUGCUCCACUGUCAAACAACUCUCGUGGUCAGAAAGUUUUUCCUGAUCUUAAGUUGGAAUCUCUUUUCUUGUAACUUAGAUCCAUUGGUUCGGGUCUCCAGAGCAGGAGAAAACAAGUUUGCUCCAUCUUCCACGUGACAACCCUUGAGAUAUUUGAAGAUGGCUGUAGUAUCUUCUCUCAGCCAGUGUGGUGUAAUGGUUAAGAGUGGUAGAUUCGUAAUCUGGUGAACUGGGUUCGCGUCUCCGCUCCUCCACAUGCAGCUGCUGGGUGACCUUGGGCCAGUCACACUUCUUUGAAGUCUCUCAGCCCCAUUCACUUCACAGAGUGUUUGUUGUGGGGGAGGAAGGGAAAGGAGAAUAUUAGCCAUUUCGAGACUCCUCCGGGUAGUGAUAAAGCGGGAUAUCAAAUCCAAACUCCCCUUCUUCUUCUUCUUCUUCUUCUUCUUCUUCUUCUUCUUCUUCUUCUUCUCAAUCUCCUCUUUAGCAGGCUAAACAUACCCAGCUCCCUCAACCAUUCCUCAUAAGUCUUGGCUUCCAGAACCUUUGAAGAACGCUUGAGGGAAUUAAGAGCCCUGCAAGAUCAGCCCAAUGGCCCAUGUAACCCAGCAUCAUGUUCUUGUGGCAGCCAGUCAGAUGCCUCAAAUUCACAGCCAUCGUGGCCAGGAGCCAUGGAUAGCCUGAUCCAUGUUUUCCCCUCACCCUCUUUCACAGCCAUCCAAACUGGUCGUCCUCGCUGCUGCUUCUUGCAGAAGCAAAUCCCCUAGGUCCUCUUGCUUCUUUCCAGCAAGCCCGCUCCAUGAAUAAGUCCUCUGUGCUUGUCUCCCACCUUUCCGACCGCCACUCCCUUCCCUUCCCAAUGAAUGAGAAAAAAGGCGUGCUAUGCUCUCUCUCUCUCGAUUUCCUCCUGUGUGCAAAGGCAUCUGCCAAUCCCAACCCUUCCCUUCCUGCUUUUGUGCCACCCGGCACCCUCUCAUCAGACAAGAGGAGAGGAGGACCAGCUCUUCUUUUUCCUCCCCUCCCUUUCUUUUUUUCCAGCAGCCAACUCAGAAACAAGGAGCGGUUUGAUUCUUUUUACGGGCAAGCUCUCUCUGGAGGACCACAGGCAGAGACGGCUGGCGAGGACUGAGUUGCGGCAGGCUUGCAGAAUGCAGCUGUUGUAACCAUCCUGUAACAACAGAGAGAAGGAAAGAGGACGGUUUUUCCCCACUCUGGAAGCUGGCUUGCUUUUUUCUUUUUGUGUGUGUGCGCGCGUGUGUGUGUGCGAGUCCGCCUCUGGAUUUCUGGCUUUUCUCUGAAAACUCAAGUGAGUCCGUGAUGUGAAGUUCCCCCGCCUUGCAGGGAUUUAUUUUUUUUGCAUUGUGGAUGGUCGACCCAAUCUGGCGUGGAAAUACUCCGGAGGCAGCCUGGAACUGAAGGGUAAUGGAUCUUUCUCGUGCAAGGGAGUUUCUGGGAGGGUGGGCUUAACAAAGGGUUUUUAUUUCAUUUUAAACAGGGCCUAACAAAGGUGUUCUUAUUUAGGAGAGAAAAUGGUCCCAGUGGGGAGAGGCAACCCAACCUUUUGGAAAUCUUUUCCUAAGAUGCAGGGGGGUUCCGUCGCUCAUUGGAACAUCAAAGCCAGCAGUUUGAGGGGGAGGAUCCUGUUCAGGAUUUUCUGCGCCUUUCAUCUCCCCACCCACUCCCUGGCAACCACGUGCAGGGGUGGGUGUAGCUGGGCUUCUUCGUUCCGCAGGCUUGGGAGAAUCUCCUUUGGAGAAACGGAUCUGGUCCCAGGAGUAGAUUGGAAACGGUAGAAGGAAUUACCUCUCCAUCUUCUCCAGGAAGGACUAGGCUGGGUGGGAUCCAGUCUUCCAAGUACAUAGGCUUAGAGCAGGGGUCGGCAACGUGCGGCCCGUGGGCCAGAUGCGGCCCACAAAGACUGUUUUACUGGCCCAUGAGUCGCCCCUGAACUGGCGCAGCGCGGUGUGGGGACUUGCCGAGCGGCACCAGAAAUUGUGUCUGCGCAUGUUCAUAUACCAAAAAUUGCACCUGCGCAUGUCCAGAUGCCGAAAAUCACUUCUGUGCAGGCAUGAUUUUUGGCGUCUGGGCAUGCGCAGAAGUGAUUUCCGGCGCCGCGGACAUGUGCAGACGCGAUUUCUGGUGUCGCACUGCGCCAGUCCAGCCCACAGACAAUCUCCGUGGGAGUGAUUCGGCCCAUGGCCAGUAAACCUUGCCGAACCCUGGCUUAGAGCAACACUUAUAAUGUUCUUUUUAAAGGUGGUAGGGAAUCUGUGGUCCUUCACACCUCUGGUCUCUCUCAAUAAUAGGCCACACCCCCUCUCCAGGAUUCACCCCUCACCAUUCUUGCUGCACACACUCCUCAGGUGCUUUUGCCUGGCUGGCAUCUGUCCUUCAGCUGCGAUUAUGCCUUUUGCUCGCCUGGGUGGAGGGCCUCCUUUGCACACACGUGUGUUUGUGUGUGUCUGUGGAAGCGUCUCUCCUUUGCAUGGCUGUUCCGAGAUCCAUUGCCCCUCCCACUUCUGUCUCUGGCUCCACCCACCACUCACAUGUUUCCCAAGAGUCCGUGAGCUGGAAAAGAUUCUGCCCCAUAGGGACCAAUUCCACAUUCACUUUCUUGGGAAUCCUUUGUCUCCUGAUGGUGUUUCCUGCUUGGCAGGGGGUUGGACUCCAUGGCCCUUGUGGUCUCUUCCAACUCUAUGAUUCUAUGAUUCCUCCCCUUGCAGGCUUAAAAUUCAAGUGAAAUUGGGGGUGGGGGGGCGAGAAGAGGAGAGUUAACAUCUCUGCCUUAUCGCUGGCUGGAUUACAUGUGUUUUCUUAAGCCGCUCCCAAGGGAGGCUAGUUUAGAACUGGGAGCGUGAAAAGUCUUACAGUAAUAGGAACGCCCCCACCCUCUCCAGAAAUCUGGAGCAGAGGAAAAACUGCAGGGCUGGAAUAAAUUUGCCCAACUAAAAAAGAACAUAGCAGUGAAAGGGUCUUCUCCUCCCCCCAAAAUUAAAGGAGGCAACAGGGUAUGGGGAAUAAAAUAUGUCCAGGGUUAAAGAAUGAGCGUUUCUCUCCCUUCUUCCCCCACACUUGCCAAUUUCAAUGGUUUAUUUACAAAGCUGCCUGCUUCAUGUGGUCUCAAUUUUGAAUGAUUCAUCUGAGCAGUUUGAUUUUUCAAAUGAGAGAAGAGCCCAUUAAACGAACACAAUGACAGGACAGACUUUGGUUGCAGACAGGGAGAAAGUACAGUUCAGAGAGUUAAAAAGGCAGAAAUAUGUGAUGUCAUCAAAAUAGAGUGCUUUGAAUACACGCAGAGUUGCCAAAUAUCUUGCCUUUUUAAACACACACACACACACACAGUCCAAAAAAGUACAAAGACUUUAAAAGAUUACUAAAGUGAUUAUUGAAAUUUCAUGAAAGACAAGCACACAUGGAUAAAGAGAAAAUCAGAAAAAUGAAAAAAAAGAAGAAAACCCCUAUAAUAUAAUUAAACAAACAACAACAACACAACCCAAAAAGUACUGUAGUUCAGCACAUUAGGAGUCUUUGGUUAAAGGUAAAGGUAAAGGACCCCUGACAGUUAAGUCCAGUUGCAGACGACUCUGGGGUUGCAGUGCUCAUCUCGCUUUACAGGCUGAGGAAGCUGGCGUUUGUCCGCAGACAGUUUUCCGGGUUAUGGGGCCAGCAUGACUAAGCCGCUUCUGGAGAAACCAGAGCAGCGCACGGAAACGCCAUUUACCUGUUUAUCUUGUUGCACUGGCAUGCUUUUGAACUGCUAGGUUGGCAGGAGCAGGGACUGAGCAACGGGAGCUCACCCCGUUGCAGCUAUUUGAACCGUCGACCUUCCGAUCGGCAAGCCCUAGGCUCUGUGGUUUAGACCACAGCGCCAUCCGCGUCCCUAAGGAGUCUUUGGUUACAAAGCAAAAUAAUUUAAUUGGAGAAGAGAUCGUACUGUGGCAUAGACACUUCCAGUGCCUUUCUGGUAGCAGAAAAAUUGGGUUUGAUUCAGGAGCCCAAUUUCUACCCAGCAUAAGGGAUACUGAGUAGUAUAACUUCAGCUUUCUCUAGGUUUGAUCAAGUUGUGCUCCAUUGGAAUAAUGUAGCUAAAUGGACUCUCAUCAUGUGUUCCUGCUGUAAAUAAAGAAGAGCUCUCUGUGGGGGCUGAUUUUUUUCACCCUGCUGUAAACUAGGGGAGGAUCCUCCUCUGUUAAACCUCUGUCCCACCAACUCCUUAUCCUGGUGUGAACAAGGUGGGUAAUUCUGCUGGAGCCAGGAAGACUGUGUGCACAUUACUGUUUAUUCUGGCUUCAGUGUGUUGUUCCCACCACUGGUGUUGGAAACCAUGUACAGUGGUACCUCGGGUUACAGACGCUUCGGGUUACAGACUCCGCUAACCCAGAAAUAGUACCUCAGGUUAAGAACUUCGCUUCAGGAUGAGAACAGAAAUUGUGCGCUGGCGGCAGUGGGAGGCCCCAUUAGCUAAAGUGGUACCUCAGGUUAAGAACAGUUUCAGGUUAAGAACGGACCUCCAGAACGAAUUAAGUUCUUAACCCGAGGUACCACUGUACACAUGAUGUUAGCCACAGCAGUUCGAUGCGUUUUCCCCCUAACCAGCUUCCAUCCGAUCUGAAAACGUAGGCCGUGUUCGCUUUGCGGUUAAGCUGAGGUCUGUACGUUUGAGGCAGCCAUUGCACAUGAACAGAGAACAGCACAUGCCCAGGCGAUGGUGGUUUGCAGGGCUGGGGGGAGGGAACCAAACUGCUUGUGCGCACUGGAUGAAGACAUGCCUGCUCCCCUCCCGGUCUGGUGUGCACAGCAGCGUUCAAAUGCAAUAUGAAUCGCAGGGGGAAGGAAUGACCUCACUGUGUUUUUGUAGAAUCAUAGAGUUGGAAGGGACCCCAAGGGUCAUCUAGUCCAGCCCCCUGCAAUGCAGGAAUCUCCGCUAAAGCAUCCAUGAAAGAUGGCCAUCUACCAGUGUGUACAUAGCCCAACUGUCUGGCUCCUUUUAUUUUAAGCCUGGAGUAACACUUAGUGACCAUCAGUGCAAUUGACUUUCACUGGGCUCGUUCACCAGGAAACAACUAAUAUGAGGUCUCCUGAACUAGUUACUUACCCCUUCUUCACUCAGUUGAAAUCCUGGGAUUUCACCUCUCCUACCUCUUUUCGCUCUGGAGUGAAUCGUAAGGACCUCUUUGCAAUCAUUCCUUUUUGGGGCGUGUAAAUUUGGAGUAACUCUGAAGGAUAAGUCACGAUUCUCACUCUGCCUUUCACCCAGUGCUUCUUCACACAGCAUAAUUUGCUCCCGCAAGAGGUAGUGAUGGCUACCAACUUGGAUAGCUUUAAAAGAGGAUAGAGGAAUUCAUGGAGGAUCAGACUACCAAUGACUGCUAGUCAUAAUGACUAAGCUCUACCUCUGUCAUUAGAGGAGACUGUAUACCUCCGAAUACCAGGUUCUAGGAAUCACUGGUAGGAAGAGUGCUGUUGCACUUGCGUCUUGCUUGUGGGCUUAUUUCCACAGACAGCAGUUUGCCCACUAUUGGGCCAUUUGCCUGUUCCAUCAGCAUUCUCCUUAUACUCUUAGGAAAUCAGAAGUAUCUGCUUUGCAGCUGAUGAAUACCACAGCUUUGUGACUCACCCUGGUGUAAGCCAAGAGUCAAUGAGACAGAUUCUGUUCUUCCUUAUUUCCUCCUUUCAUUUUCAACUUUGGGGUAAACUUUGGUUUUCAAAAAGAAGAAGAAGAAGGAGAUAUUUUUGUGGUCUGUGGACAAAUCCCUCCCUUUAUUCAGCUACUAGGUGUGGGCUGGGAGUGGUUGCAGGAGGCCUGCAGGACAACUUUAAACUAAAUACUGAGAGGGAGGGAGACAAUAUCACAGAUGACAGAGUGAAACCUGAUACUAGAGAUAAUACCUUCACUGAUAUACAGGGAACUAAGGUGGUGCUCCAGAAACCUUCUAAAGAAGGAAGCAGCUGGAUAGGAUGGCUUAUGGUCUCAGUUGGCUUUAUACUAAUGCCCAGAGAAUGGGAAACAAGCAAGAUGAAUCUGAGCUCUUAAUAGAGGAUGGCAAAUAUGACCUAAUAGGCAUUACGGUGGUACCUCAGGUUAAGUACUUAAUUCGUUCUGGAGGUCCGUACUUAACCUGAAACUGUUCUUAACCUGAAGCACCAUUUUAGCUAAUGAGGCCUCCCACUGCUGCCGCGCCGCCGGAGCACGAUUUCUGUUCUCAUCCUGAAGCAAAGUUCUUAACCUGAAGCACUAUUUCUGGGUUAGCGGAGUCUGUAACCUGAAGCAUAUGUAACCUGAGGUACCACUGUACUGAAACCUGGUGGGAUGAGACUCAUGACUGGAAUGUAGAAAUUGAGGGGUAUAACCUAUUAAAAAGGAAUAGACCAAACAGGAAAGGAGAAGUAUGUAAAGGAUAUGUACAGUUGUGAAGCAGUGUUAGAAACUGAGAUAUGAAAGCGGGGAGCUAAAUGUCACCUUAAACCUCGGUAAUGGGUACAACAACAGAAUGUCUAGGCACACUUUUUUAAUAGCAAGAAUAAAAAGCUGAAAUUGAACUGCAGCUAAAAUCUUAUUUUCAUUUCUCACAUGGUCUAGUCCUCACCUGAAGACUGCAAAAAACAAAGCCAUGCUUUACCUGUCUGCCCCCCUAAUAUUCUUAAGAGAAUCUCUUCUCCAGUCUUCAGAGAGUGACUGGAAGUGGAGAGGCAGAAAAAGGUCCUCCUUUCCUUCCACUCCGCAGUUUUAAUCUGAAAUCUUAGGCGCAGUACUGCACCCAGAGCUCAGAAACAGCUCACGCUAAUGAAAUUCCUUGCCGCAGAACGCGCCUAGAACAAUGGGAGUUUCGAACGCUGUUGUGAAGAGAUCCACGAGGAGCUGGCAAAUGUGGAUGAGGUAACUGUUAAGUGGAUUUGUAGCUGGUUGACUGACUGAACCCAAAGAGUGCUCACUAAUGGUUCUUCAUCAUCCUGGGAAAAAGUGAGAAGUGGGGUGUCGCACGGACCAUUUAUAAACGACUUGGCUGAAGGAAUUGAGGGGAUUUGCAGAUGACACCAAACUGGGAGGGGUAGCUAAUGCCUCAGGAGACAGAAUCAGGACUCAAGAUGACCCUAACAGAUCGUAAAACUGGGCCCAAACUAACAAAAUAAAUUCCAAUAGUUCACAGUUCAGGAGUACACUUGAAACUGGCAUUGCCCUGGAUUGACGUGGCAAUAGCUUUGGUCAAGAGUCUGUGUGUGUGCAGGUUCUGCUGGUGUGCUGGCAUCACGGCAGAUUUUGUCACAAUUACGUAUGCUGAAUCACACUGCCUAGGUAGAUUUUUCAGGCCCCUGUCUGUAUCUUUAGAUGCCAGAUAAAAACUUUAUUGUUUUAAUGUGCUUUUCAGUGUCACAAUUUCAGAGAAUUCGUUAGAGGCCUAGAAAAUAAAGAUUAGUAGUGGGGGUGCUGUGCAGAAUUGCCACAAUCUCGGAUGCUGUUUUGCAAAUAACAGGUCGCUAGCCCUCACUGAUCAUGGAAAUAAAACUUGCUUGCUUAUUUGUUUUUAAUCUGAUGACAGUUUCAUUUUGGUUCUUAGCUGCCUUGCCCUAUUUGGGUUCAGAAAGGUGUGGUAUUGAUAUUGCAGUCAGUAACUUGUCCAUGGAACUCAUUGCCACUGAUGGGCAGGGGGACGUGGCUCAGUUCUGUUGGGUUGGUGAAGCAGACCCCUGCAGAGAGCAUGACUGAAGUUUCUGCUCAUCGGUUGGUAAGUGGAGAGUUCAGUCCUGCUGGGUGCUGCUUCACAAGUACUCUCCGUGCAAGAAAUUCUGUCCUGAAGCAGACCCCACCUCUGCAGGUGCCAGGACCGGCCACCUACUGGUCACCUGAUGUUGUCAUGACGCCAGAUGAUUGAUAAGUGGGUUGCUCCACCCACUUGUCAAAGUUAUCUUCCCGGGUAGAGGGAGAUAAAGAUCUUGUUAUGUAUUGAAGUUAUCACCCUGGCCACCAGGAGUAUCAUGUACAGUGGUACCUCAGGUUAAGUACUUAAUUCGUUCCGGAGGUCCGUACUUAACCUGAAACUGUUCUUAACCUGAAGCACCACUUUAGCUAAUGGGGCCUCCUGCUGCCGCCGCGCCGCCGGAGCACGAUUUCUGUUCUAUCCUGAAGCAAAGUUCUUAACCUGAAGCACUAUUUCUGGGUUAGCGGAGUCUGUAACCUGAAGCGUAUGUAACCUGAAGCGUAUGUAACCUGAGGUACCACUGUAUAUAGUUUUCACUCAGGUCCACGUCAGUUACUUUAGGCGGGAAACCCUGGGUUGCUGUUGCUACAAUGUUGAUAGCCGGCUGCCUAUAAAAGCAGGCCGGCUGAGCUGUUUGCUGUUCAGUUCUGUUCCAGCUUACAAAUAAAGAGCUGCUUUGGAGAAAUUGCUGCGUCGUCUGCUAUGUCUACCCACUAUUCAACAGAUCUGGCCUGCUGGGCCAAAAAUGUGUGCCCCCCCCAAUAUAUCAGAUAAGCACCUAUGAUUGCAUAGAUACUGGCUCCUGUUUUUCAAUUGAGAGAGAAGUGAGUCCCGCAAAUCCUGAGAGACUCUCUUUUCUUCUGUAUUGCUUUGCCUUGAGUACUACUUGUGGCUGAGUGGCACUAAUAAAUACGGGUUUAGGAUGCUCUGCUCCUGGCUUUAAUAAAGCCCGGACUCGCAACUAGCAGAUGCACAGUGUUUGCAGGUGACGGAUUUUCUCAUCAUGCCUUGCUUCUAAACCUGCAUGUGGCUUCUUGUUGGCUAUUGUUGGAAGAAAGGCGAUUAAGUGCAUGGCAGCUCUUUCAUAACGGCCUUAGGUCAUGUCGGGAAACGCUGGAAAUCCAGGAUGCCCAUUUUAAGAGCAUUGUGUGGGCUUUUAAAGGGCUUUAAAGUGUUUUACUGAGCGGACCACAUCUGGGAAGUGGCCAGAACCACUUGCUCCAGACAGGUUUGAUGCUGACAGAUAAUUUUAAAGCAGCUGAAUGUUACGCACACACAUUAAGUUUUGUUGGGGUAACACAUGCAGUAAAAUGAGGGGGCAGAAAGUGGAUUAUACCAGUUUAGGCUGCAAGCGGGGAGGAUUCCCUUUUCCUUUUUAAAAAAUGCUUCCCUGGAUUUAAGAAAACCCAACAAACCACACACUCAGCACAUCUGCAUGCAAGUGGAAAAAUAGUGUAGCUGGGAAAGCUCAAGUCUGGAACAUUUCUCACUGCUAUCCUAGGCUUUUUGUUUUUUAAAAUAGCAGAUUGGUGUGUUUUUUUAUAAUGUGGACUCCCGCCUCCCUCAGCAACCAACCCCUCCUCUUCACCUGCAGGCUAAGGUGGCACAGUCUAUUCUACCACCUCGCUCCACUGCUUGUGGAGAAAGUUGUUUUUUUCGCAUUACAUUUAUUCCAAAUUAGCGGAAGCAGGUGAACUGGUUGUUCCAGAUUGAAAGUAAUGUGCUGUGAUGCGUGCAUCUGUAUGUAUAUAAUCACUCAGAACAGUAUAUAUUUUUAAGUGAGGCGGCCGAGGCCGUACAUGGAAUUUGGGUCAUAGAAUAAGAGAAUUGUAGAGUUGGAAGGGACCUCGAGGAUCAUCUAGUCCAACCCCCUGCAAUGCAGGAAUAUGCAGCUCACCCGUACAGGGAUUGAACCCGCGACCAAUGGUGUUAUCAGCAUCACACUCUAGACAACUGAGCUAUACAGUGGACGCUCGGGUUGUGAAUGUGAUCUGUGUGGGAGGCAUGUUCGCAUCCCGCAGCGCCGCAUCUGCUCAUGUGCAAAGCGCAAUUUAGUGCUGCUGCGCAUGCGCGACCGCUGAAACCUGGAAGUAACUCGUUCCAGUACUUCUGGGUUUCGGCGGGUCCAUAACCUGAAAAAACGCAACCUGAUGUGUCUUUAACCCGAGAUAUGACUGUAUAUGACAGAUAGAUUUGUACACAGGAAAAAGUCUAGUUUAGCAGGGGCAAAGAACAGGGGAUGUAGGACUUUUUGUUGGGAAAAUUGCAUGGGGGGGGGAUGAGUCGCUGCUCUCCCACACCCUGAUGUAAAAAGCACAGCUUUUGCGCAUAGAUGGCGCUUUAGAAAUGAUAAGAAAACAAUACUCUGGCAGUGCUGGCCGAACAAUUGUUGCCCCGUCCCCCUGGUUGUUCCUUUUUUCCUAGCAUUUCCUUUCCUCUGCAGUGAGAGGAUGCUAACUAAAACCUCCUCGUUUCCUGCGUCCGGAAAGACGCAUUUCCCUUCUCCAUGGAAAAGGGUUGGAAGGAUAGGAUUCAUGAAGGGGCUGUGGCUUGGAAGAGCCAAGUCGCAUCUGCAGGGAGCCUGUCUGCAGUUUCUCCAAUAAGUCCUUGACCGAGAGGGGCCAACAGAAUUGUUCCAGGUAUGGAUUCACCUCUCGGCCUUAACUACCCUUUAUGAUUCUUCCCUGGGGUUCUAUCUGGUGGCUCCGAGUUGCCGUACAAGCCUGGGCUGCAACGCAGUGUGCCUGUACGGUCCUGAAUAAUGAGGACCGGCAACUUGUUAUCUGCAAAACGGUAUCUUUUAUUCUGGCAUUUCUGUGCAAAAGCCCCACCCCACGGCCGUUGCUUGAGCCUCUGUUCAAAAUGUAGAAUCCUGCACCUGUGCUUUGCUUCUGGGAGGGAGGUCUUGCUCCUGCGUUUUGCAAUUGCCAGCGAUUUAACAUUUUUACAGAUAAUACCAAUUUGUGAUAUUUUUUGCCAUGUAAAGUUAUCUGGAGUGCCAGUGGGGGUGGAAAGGGGAGGCGUGUUCGUUUCAUUUAUGUGGAGGUUUAUUUCAAGCUGCCCAGGGAAGGGUAUAUGAUGCUCUGCUUACUCGGCUACUUUAUUCUUAACAGCAACCCAGUGAGGUAGGCAAGGCUGAAAGAGAGGGGCUAGCACAAAGUCCACCAGUGAACCUCUUGUCUUGACUGACUUUGAAUUUGAACCUGGGUCUCCUCAGUCCCAAGCUGCACGAGGAGCAGGAAUUCAAUAGGCAAAGUUUCUUACCACAUAGCAUGUGGUUUGGACUUAGGUGAAUAUUGCAACAGGUUUCUUGAAGGAGGAACAUUGUGUAAAGCAGGGUUGGGGAAUCUAAGGCCCUGGGGCCAAACCUCCCAAAUCUGUCUUUUAAUCUGGCCCUUAGGACUCUUUCCAGCCACACCCUCACCUGGUCCUUCUUCAAAUCCUCCUCUGGUGUUUUUGCCUGACUGGGAUGUGCUCUUGAACUAUGAAAAUCCCACUUGCUUUACUAGAUACAGGCUAGAGAUGGGUAUGGGAAUGUAUUUAGAAAGCAGCUGACCAUACAAAGGCAAAAUUAACUUUCGUUCCUCUGCCCGCCUUUGCCUCUGACCCUGCCCAUCCCUGACGUGUGGCCCCCAGAAAGUUUUCCAGAGGUAAGGCGGCCCUCAGGCUGAGAAACUUGCUGCAAAAUGGAAGAGAGCCCCCACAUUUUAAAGAAAACAAGCCGCAGCUUUUUAUUGGAGAUGUAACAGAAGAGCUCUGGGUUGAGCUUCCAUUUUGAUAUUUUGAGGAUCUAUCCCAUUCUCAGCUUGUCCCACUUUUUAGGAGCUGCUGCCUUCUGGAGUGUGAACCUCCAGGGAGCUGUCACCUAAACAAGCUCUUGUCACUGCAGAGCUGGCUAGAUCACUCCGGGUUUCUAGGGCAUAGCCCAGAUUUGAGGAGGGCGGAGGGCCUGCUUGCAUCGGUUGAAGAAUGGCUGUGGGAUGUUGUCGGAUGAGGGUUGUCUCUGCUAAUUGCGGACGCUGGACUUAAGAGUGUCAUAAACACACACACACACACAUGUUGUCAUGCACUCUACUUGUAGGAGGAUGCCUGAACUGACUCUUCCUGUCCAGAGAAUCUCUGAGCAUGCCUAGAAUUCAUUAGGAAGCUGUAUUAUACAUGAGUCAUGCCAGUGGCUCAUUUGGUAUUGUCUACACUGACUGGCAGAAGAUUGUUUUCAGGCAGUGCUCCUGCCCAAACCUACCUGGAGAUGCUAGGGAUUGAAUCUGGGAGUUUUAGCAUGCUCUGCCUAUGAGUUUCCCUCUUCUCAGAACAAAAGUGCUGCUGUCCAAAUAGGGACUUGUUCCCUCAGUUUAAAAGUCUGAAUCUCUGCCCAAGCUCUGACCAUCUUGCUUUAUUUUCUUCUCCUUCGGAAAGCAGGGCUCUCUGGUACAGUGGUACCUCGGGUUACAUACGCUUCAGGUUACAGAUGCUUCAGGUUACAGACUCCGCUAAUCCAGAAAUAUUACCUCAGGUUAAGAACUUUGCUUCAGGAUGAGAACAGAAAUUGUGUGGUGGCGGCAUGGUAGCAGUGGGAGGCCCCAUUAGCUAAAGUGGUGCUUCAGGUUAAGAACAGUUUCAGGUUAAGAACGGACCUCUGGAAUGAAUUAAGUUCUUAACCCGAGGUACCACUGUAUUUAAUUCUUAAAACGAGAGGUGUUGGGGUUUACACCCCAUAAUUGAUUAUGACUACGUUCUACUACAGUACCUUGUCUUAGAGACUGUCCCCAAAAGCCUGCUGUGUUGUCUGUAGACGGUGCAGUUUUGGCUACCUAAGGAUCUUCACAGUUUGCUUUCAGUAUAUGGGAUCAUUAUUAUUAUUUCUCAUGGGCCAGGAUGAGUUCCACAAUUAGAAAUAGGGUUCUGAGUAGACAUAAUUUGAGAAUUGUGUAGAAGUUGUUAAGUGUAUGGUGGGGGCGAGCACCCCCAGAAACGGUUUUUGUUGUUCUUGAGGAAAGAGAAGUUUUUUUUAUUGAAUGCUUUCCCUCUCUCCACUCCCAAAACAUGGCUGUGUCUCUCCUGGGAGCCUGGAAUGGGGGCCUGCCACUGAAAUGCUGAAGAUCAGCUGCAAGGCAGGCAGCUUUGCAGCCUGUCAAGGGAGAGAAGGGAACUAUAGCUGGGAGGCGCCUGGCUCCGGCCUCCCCGGGGGACGUUGGCGUGCGGCCGGUUGGCGUUGGAUAUGCGCUGCUCCUCAGCUGGUCAUGCAUGCUCUGCCUUCCCUCCCUGUCAUCGAUAUGAUGAGCGUGUGGGGAGUGUAAGGAGGGGCUGAGAGCGAGAGUUUUUGGACAGGAUCAAGACGGAGGCUUUUCUGGCCAAGGGGGUGGAGAGAGAGGGAGGAAGAAGACUCUGCAGCGUUGCACCGCUGCAGAGAAGAGAAUGGGGGCAGGAUAGCCUCUCACUCCACCCCAGCAAAGCUCCUGUGCACUAAAUGAUUGCGAAAACAGCAGGCAGGAAUUCAACAGGUGUGGAGGGAGCUUUCCUGUUGAAUUUCUGGCCCCUCGUUGUGGCUGCAAAGGCUUGAAAGCCUUAGGUGGGGGCAGCUUAGGUAAGGUACCGGCUACGGGGUUGCCGUAGCAACCGCUGCACUCUUGCGGCCUACGCUCCUGCUGCUAAAGGGAGAGGCCUGCUCUUCUUCCCGAAUGGUAAUGAAGGAGGCAAAUAAAGCAGGUCAUCUUUGAACAGAGAAGCAGAAGGGGGAACGUUUCCUUUCCUACUUCUGCCCCCCACCCCGUGGCUUGUACAGGUUCAAUCCUAGACACAGCCUAAAGGGAAUCUCAAAAAGAUGUGAAGAUGAAGCUCUGGCUUUGGGGAAGGGAGUCCCGUGGUUUUCGGGGCAGACAGUCUCUCUGCAACCUUUCAGUCCACACUCAGUGCUUUAGAUUGUAAAGCAGGAACCAUGAACCUUUUAUUUCAGCUCGAGGGCCACUUUCCCUUCUGCACGAACCUCCUGAGGGCCACCAGUCCAGGGUAAGGCAGAGCUUAAGGCAGAAGGUGACAGAGCAACAAAGGUAAAAUUUACCUUUGUUACAGGAGGCUAGUUUCUACAUACACUCGCACACUCCUCCCUUAUCCUCCAUCCAGCAUUAUUAGAAAACUUGGAUGCAUGUAAGGCAAAAACGCUCUGGGGUGUGUGAACCUGGGUUUAGCCUGGGGAGAGCUAUGAGGGCCGGAUAAAGACCUGGGGGGGGGGGGCACAUUCGGCCCCUAGGCCCGAAGUUCCCGACUUCCUCUGCAAUCUUAUAGUGCUGCCCAGAGGGUGUUUGUGGUUGGUCACAGAGAGAACAAGAGAGGCUUGCAACUGAAUCAUAGCAUUGUAGAGCUGUAAUAAGGACGCCAAGGGUCAUCUAGUCCAGCCCCCUGCAAUGCAGGAAUGAGAAAGAGCAGAGCAGGCUGCCUUGAACCCGCCACUGCUCAUCCACAGACUCGAGUGCUCCUAGUUAAGGGAGCCAGACAGUCCUUCCCUCUUCCAGGAUACUCCAUUCCAUUCCUGCACCCUCCCUCCCAUGAUUUUCUCUCUCUUUUCUCUUCCCUUUAGCCCACACACAGAGGACUGAUUUUUAUUUUCAUAUGUAUGAAAAUAUACGAUUGGGGGGUGGUAUAGGGCAGGCCACGUUUUGGGGCCAAUUGGGGAGAGGAGCUGUAUUCAGUUGUUUUUUGGGGGGGUUUCAACCUGCAUGGCACUUUCUCAGCCUCUUGUAGCUGCUGGGGCUAAAGGUUUCUGGCAUUUGAUUUUAGGGCCCAAUAGGAGCAGCAGGCCAAGCAAGGACUUUACACUGGCCGUGUUUCGGUUUGACGGCCGCCGGUUGCCGACCAGUACCCCUCCAAACACACACACAUCCUUUCUCUACAGGCCCGUCCCCUUUGCCUCCCUUGCUGUUCUAUUUCCUGACAGGCACAAAGCCUGACUUUCUCUACCCACAUGGCGGGCCCAAAAUACCCAGCAGCUGACAUCCUUGCAACUGUCUCCUAAGAGACAGCUGUCCCAAAUUCAUUCCUGCCUCCUCGCCACCCCACCUCCCCGUCGCCAGUCCCCCGCCAUGCAUGUAUGUGAGUGCAUGUUUGCAUGUGUUCAGCGGCCCCUCUUCUGCUUGGCCGUGGUUUCGCAGCCGUCAGGUAUGGGAACAGGUAAGAUGAGGCUAGGAGAACAGACUGCAAGUCUGAAGCCUGCAAAGGAAGAGCAUUGUGUGUUGUAUAUGUGUGCUUGGGGAUGUUCGAGGGUGUGUCCCUGUGUGGCAGGGUUUGGAACGUGUUUUCUGGAAUCGAGAUCUAGGCCAAUUUUUUUAAAAAAAAGGAACAGUCGGCCUGGGAAUUAAAUCUGCUGGGAUGCGGGGAGGGGGGAUUUUGGAGGGGACGACUGGCACAUUCUUUCCAGCCCUGCCCAGUUUUUGAUCCAGGAGAGUUUAUAUGCAGCUGAUAAGGGCACUCACUUGGGCUCAGAAGUAAAUAGAAGCUGUGGCAUUGGAUUUGAAAUGAAGGGAAUCUAUACAGGGGUAUGUGCUCUCUGUAAUAGUACUCUCUGCCCUCCUCCACAAUCUUCAUUGAGGAAUGCCAGAGUAUUUAGUGGAGUCGGUGAUGCAAGCUUACUGCAGUUGCACUAAUAGUUUCUUUGGCAUAGUUUUUGUUACCGCUUCUUGGAGGGGGAGGGUUGAGCUAUUCUGCCCUUGUUUGGCAUCCUGACCAUAUAAACACUCAUGCAUUGAGUGCCCACUCCUGUAUAACUUGAAAUUUCACCAGUCCCUAUAUUCCUCCCCCCCCCCCCCAGGUAUCUUUUGGAAAUCAUAAGGGCUACAAACUUGACGUGUUUGUGAGGGAGGGAGGGAGAUUCUCAUGCAAACACAGAAGUAUGGAAGAUUCACUUGAUUGUGGGAUGUUUUGGGUAUGUUUUUGUGCUAGAGGCAGGGGCAGGGACUGAAGUGGGUUUCACGGUCCCUUUGGGUCAAGUAGCAACUGCUGUUUUGUGAGUUCCUGUAGAGAAACAGAAAAGCCCUGGAGGGAAAAAAGGUCUACAACUUUUACUUGUUGUAUGGCGGCGGGGGUGGUUUUGGUAGAAUAGCAGCUUUGAGUGGGCAGGAAAGGUUUGGCAGGAAAAUGGCUCCGAGUGGAAAGUCAAAUCUUCCCUUCCCACAGUCCCAAUAAGGACCAGCGUCUACUUCGCUACCAUCACUGUAGCUGGUUUUGGUUGACAUGUCAUUAUGCCAUGCAGGAGUACUCCUUCAGAUGCUGUUGGACUACAACUCCCAUAAUCCCUGACUGUCAGCCAUGUAGGCUGGAGCUGAUGGGAGUUGUACUCAGUUAUAUCUGGGCAGGGGCACCAUGCUGGCCACCGCUGAUGCAACUACAAUGCAUAGCGUGGUCAUUUUCUUAUUUAUUUAUUGCAUUUAUAUCCCACCUUUUUCUCUAAGGAGGUCAAGACAUACAUAGUUCUCCCCCUCCUCAUUUAAUCUCCACAACAACCCUUGUACAGUCAUACCUCGUGUUGAAUGUGCUUCGGAUUGAGCGCGUUCGAGUUGCGCUCCAUGGCAACCCGGAAGUAAAGGAGCACGUUACUUCUGGGUUUCGCCACUUGCGCAUGCGCAGAUGCUCAAUGACGUCACGCGCAUGCACAGAAGCGGCAAAAAGUGACACGCGCGUGCACAGACGUGCCGUCGCUAGUUACGUUUGCUUCUAGAUAUGAACGGGGCUCCGGAACGGAUCCCGUUCUUAUCCAGAGGUACCACUGUAAAGUGGAUUAGGCCGAGAGGCAGUGACGGGCCCAGGGUCACCCGGUGAGCUUCAUGGCUGAGUGGGGAUUUGAACCCUGUUCUGCCAAAUCCUAGUCAGACAAGGGCUCUUGGAAGUUGGGCUUUUGUUUUUAUGGGUUGUAUUCUGCAACACAUACCAUUGGUGCAAUAUUAGUGCAUCAGUGGUGGAUUUAUUCUGGACCAUCUCCAUAAGAACCUGCUGUGUGUCUGCACGUCAUUCCACUUUAUGAGAUAUUCUGCGAUUCUUGCCUGCCUCGUGUUAUUGACUUUAUUGCCGCCUAGAAGCCUGCAGGCUUCUCGCAGGCAUCUGGUUGGCCACUGUGAGAGCAGGAUGCUGGACUAGCUAGGCCACUGGCCUGAUCCUGCAAGCGCAUCUUAUGUUGUUACGUUUGCUCUUGCUCCAUAGAGCGACGAAAGGAGGGCCAAAAAAAUAAAACCGGAGCAUUUGCAGUAUGAAAAGCUGCAGGGUUUCCGCAAGAUGCACUGAAGUCGUAUCUCUGCCCUGAAACCUCUGCAGCCACAAAACAGGGUCACGUAUAAACUCUCCAAGCGCAAAACGUCAAGAAUGCACAAUAAAAUGGAUGUCUGAUCUUUUCCAUCCUCAUGUUUUACCUAAAAUAGGUGGAGUUGCCAUCCCCCUUUGCUGCUUGCAUCAGGGUCAGACUAACCGCCUCCCCUCCUCCAUUUCCUAUGACUUGCCUCUUAUUUUAUUUCCACGUUCCUUGGGCAGCCUCUGGCCAGGCUGAGCAGCCCUGUUGCGGUCAACUUCCCCAGCUGGAAGUAUGACAGCCACACCCGGGAGUGCGCUAGCCAGGCUGGAGGGCCUGUUCUGGCAGCUGGCCCUCAAGGGGGGGGAAGCCUUUAGAGCCGGCUGGGCUGCCGCCUGUUUCAGCUCCCCGGAGGGCAGGAUGGUCUGCCUGCCUGCGUGCAGAGCAGAAACGAACAAGGUUGUGGAGGCCUAGUCCAAGCGAUAGAUGACGACAGGGCUUUGGGCAAGCGCUGCCAAGACCUCGCGUAUGACUCUGGAAUGCUUCCGGAAGGAAGCCUGAUUCAACCGGACGCCCAGAACUUUUAUCCUGAACCGGGGUUGAGGGGGUGUUGACACAAUCCCUCCUUUAAGCUGCUGCUUUUUGCCUACAGGGCUCUUGCCUCAGCCUCCCAUGAGCGAAAAGCUGUAGCUCUGUGGCUGAGCACAUGUCGUGCCAACGACACCCGUUUCAACCCCUGGGCUUGGGAAAGGCCCUGGGCCAAAACACUGGAGAGAGUCGCUGCCCAUCUGUGUGGGAACAGGGGCAGUCAAUGUAGUGUCCUCUAGAUGUUGAGGACUACCACUCCCAUCAGCCCCUGCAAGUGUGAUAAGUGGUCAGAGAUUAUGGGUUUUGUAGUCCAGCAGCGAAUGGGAGGGCAACAUCUUUGCCACACCAAGUGUGCACACUCCCAGUUGCUUUGCAUCCAGUGUGCUCCCAUUGGUGGUUUGGAAACGGAUGUUAGCCGCAAUCCAUAUCUAUCCUAUUGUUUCUUAUGAAAUAGUGUGUUUCCCCUCCAAAACCAGCUUCGAUCCGAAUUGAGGAAAAGAACCACAGUGGUACCUCGGGUUAAGUAUUUAAUUCGUUUCGGAGGUCCGUUCUUAACCUGAAACUGUUCUUAACCUGAAGCACCACUUUAGCUAAUGGGGCCUCCUGCUGCUGCCGCGCCGCCGGAGCACGAUUUCUGUUCUCAUCCCAAAGCAAAAUUCUUAACCUGAGGUACUAUUUCUGGGUUAGCGGAGUGUGCAACCUGAAGCACAUGUAACCUGAGGUACCACUGUAUCUAGCUGUAUGUGUACACAGCCAGUAUGAUUCAGUGUGAUAAGGCAACUUCCCAUGAAUAUAUACUGCUAGUAGCCUUUGUGGGACAGUGUAAAUUGGGGCUGGUAGACCAGUAUGUGCCCCCUCCUUCCCCAAGGGGUCCAGGGCCCCUCCAGCUUCUUAAACUUAGCCUUGACCCAUGCCUGUAUUAAACAGAAUGAUGUGACUGAGUCACGAGAUGGUGUAAUGGACUGUGCUGGCUACAAUUGCAAGUGAAAUGGGAUACCAUUUGUGAAUCCUUCCCUUAUGCUAAAACAAACAAGCACUUUCUGCAAAUAAAAUAAUGUGUGUGCAUCGGGGACAAAGGCUCCAUUCUAGCCUGUUUCUGACUUUGCUAAUUCUCCCGUUUGCAGAGAGGCUUUUGAAAAAACAACACGAGAGAGCAUUAAAAAAGCCAUUCCCUCCUUCCAUCUUAAGUGGCACAGUCUAUUCUACUGUUGUUUCAGAAGGAUCCCCACUCUAUAUACAACCAACUGCCUUCUACAGAGUUAGUCCAUUGGUCCAUCCAACUCAAUAUUGUCUACUCUGACUUGACAUCAGCUGUCUGUCGUAUCAGGACAUUCCUAGUCAUACCUAGGGAAGCCGGGGAUUGAACCUGAGACCUUCUGAGUGCAAAACAGAUGCUCAGCCACUGAGCUACCACCCUCCUUAAGUGAUAGAGCAGGCUGAGCCACUUUCGAUGGUGGGGAUCCAGUCUUUUGAAUGCUUUAUGAGCAAAACACACCAGACUUUUCAGCAAACAUAGGAUGAGCACGGCAGGGAAUGGUCUGAAAGUGGUCAAUGGCUUCAAGUGGCAAGAAAGGAGAUUCUGACUAAACAUCAGGAGGAACUUUCUGAAGCUGUUCAACAGUAGAAUGGGCUUCCUCGGGAGGUGGUGGGCUCUCCUUCCUUGGAGGCUUUUAAGCAGAGGUUGGGUGGCCGUCUGUCCUGGAUGCUUUAGCUGAGAUUCCUACAUUACAGAGGGUUGCCUUAGAUGACGCUUCCAAAUGUACAGUUCUAUGAUUUCAUUUGCUUAAUGUGAGGAAGCAUUUAAAAAAAUGCAAGUCGCCCCCGGGCAGCUUGUCAGGCUGAAAAAUGUUCCCUCAUCCCUGCCUUUAUUAUUAUUUUACUGUUGUUAGCCUUUCUGAGCCCGGCUUCGGCUGGGGAGGGCGGGAUAUUUUUCGCUUUAUAUUUUUCGCUCUAUAGGACGCACUUUUCCCCCUCCAAAAAUUAAGGGGAAAUGUGUGUGCGUCUUAUGGAGCGAAUGCAGGCUCCAUGGCUUUGCGUUGCUUCCUCUGAAGCCUGGAGAGCGAAAGGGGUUGAUGCGCACCGACCCCUCUCACUCUCCUGGCUUCAGGGAUGGCUGCCCGAAGCCAGGAGAGCAAGAGGGAUCGGUGCACACUGAUCCCUCUUGCUCUCCUGGCUUCUCUUCGCUGGAGAGGUGCUGCGCAGCUUUCCCUCUCUGUGCAGCGCCCCUUCAGCGAAGCAGGAGAAAAAAUGGAAGGGGCUCCGUUUCUCCUGCCGCUUCGCUCAUGGGGCUCUGCGCAGAGAGGGAGAAUUAUUUUUUUUCUUGUUCUCCUCCUCUAAAACUAGGUGCGUCCUAUGGUCGGGUGCGGCCUCUGGAGCGAAAAAUAUGGUAAAUAAAAUUCUGUUAUUUGUUAUUAUUUAGGCUUCUGCUUGAUUGUGUCUGCCUCUUGUUCUCCACCCCACCUCAGGAAAUGAAGUCGUGGCGGCAGCGCUGCGGAUGACCCACCCGCUGUGAAGAUGUCCUCCAUGGACCCUCUGCCUCCGGCGACCCCUCCGACCCAGAAACCCACGCGCAUCAUUAAGCCCCGCCCACCCACCAGGCCACGACCGUACUUGCCCCCCAGGCCAGACUCUGCCAGGCUGAGCCGUGGACCAACCCCACCUUUGCCCCCAGAGGGCUCCUCAACUGAGGCUGCCAACGAUGGAUCCUCCAGGUCGGCUGAUCCCCCCUGCAACAGCCAACAGCAGCAGCUCCACAAGCUGCAGAACUCUGGCGCCGUUCGUAAAAUCGUCGUGCGCUUCAGCCACACGGAGAAGGAAGAGGCUGGGAAGCCGUCUCAGCCUGCUGUGAACUGCAGCCAGGUGCCUGUCGCUGAGAAUGGGGAAGAGAAGAUAUUGGAGGGGAAGGAGGGGCAGUUGGGUAAGUGAACUUGGCUAUAAGGCUAUGUGGCUGUUUGUGGCUUCCUUCCCUAUUAUCGCAUUGGCCUGAAUAUAAGCCUCACUUUUUUUUCCAAAUUCUGACCAUGAAAAGUUAAAAGUGAGGCUUAAAUUCGCUACCUUACAAAGAUUGGUUUUUACAAUAUCGCUGCUGAAACAGACAUACGGUAAAACGGAACGGGUGUGAGUGCCUGCAGAAUUUUAAGGGAGCGGCUUAUAUUUGAGUACAGUGGUACCUCAGGUUACAGACACUUCAGGUUACAGACUCCGCUAACCCAGAAAUAGUACCUCAGAUUAAGAACUUUGCUUCAGGAUGAGAACAGAAAUCGCGCGGCCGCGGCGCUGCCGCAGCGGGAGGCCCCAUUAGCUAAAGUGGUACCUCAGGUUAAGAACAGUUUCAGGUUAAGAACGGACCUCCAGAACGAAUUAAGUUCUUAAGCCGAGGUACCUCUGUACUGUCUUUUUUUCUCUCCCCCCCCCCGAAUUUUAAAGGUGCAGCUUAUAUCCAGGUGUGGCUUAUAUUCGGGCCAAUGCGGUAUUAAAAUAUUUAUAGAUCACACUCAUUAGAAAACACAGCAAGGCAGUAUACAACAUACAGAACUCAAAGUAAGGUAAAUAAAAAUGUCUUUGGCUGGAAGGUAACCUCUGGCCCUGCAGGCCUUAGGAUGCUUCGAAAGCCACGUGCAUCCCAAGCUGGAAUCUCUGCCCCAAGUAAUGGUGAAUUGUUUUGCUGCUUGUAUAAAUUGUGCAAGCAAAGUGUGUUUGAAUACCAGCCCAGGCUGGUCCAUUAGGCUGAAUGGGGUGCUGCUUUGCCAACUUCAUUCUGCCCUCAACCACCCCUCUGUCCUUAACAACCAGUGCAGGGAGAGGUGGCCUUAGCUGUUGAAUUUCUCCUCUUUAGUGUCAGUAUUGCCCUUGCAGGGAGGUGUGAUGGGGACACAACUAAAAUAGGCUUCAUUCACACAACAGUUUAUUCCAUUUCUUUAGCUCAGAGCUUUCCAAACUGUGUGUCGCGAGAUGUUAGUGUGUCGGCUGCGGUGUGUAGGUGUGUUGUGCAAAUUCUCCUGGUGCUCCUCCCGGGACUGGAAAGGGGUUAGUUUAAACUCCAGUAUGCUAGUAAAACCGAAUUACAGUGUCGUGGAAUGAUGCAUGUCUAAAAUGUGUGUCACCAACGUGAAAAGUUGGGAAAGCUCUGUCCUAGCUGUUGAUUUCCACACUCUACUUGAGCUUUCCAAAUUCCACAAUCCCUGUCUGUAGGAUCCCUGUUCGCUUCCAUUUCCGCCCUCCCCCAUUCCUCUCAUGCAUUUAUCUUUGAGCCUCAGUGCAUGGCAAUAUCUAAAGCAGUAUCCCUUUGCACGGCAGAGGCUCUGUCUUAUCUUUGACAAGGCCUCCAGUGUUGCUUCUCUUCUCUUUUUUUAAAUUUAUGUAUUUGGUUGUUGAGAUUAAAAUUUUACAAUCACAUAUCCAACAUACAAUAUAAAAACAAGAUUCCGAAGAAUCUCCUGGAAUCCCUUGCUCCCCUUUGGGAUCCUAUUGUUAGCCAUUUCCUCCUGCAUCUUUUAUGAUAAUCCAAAUUGUCUACAUCUCCAUUGUGUCCAAAAUUCACCAUUAAACUACAAGUGUUAUUCCCAUCCUACUAACGAUUUUAGCUGUUUACAGUGGUUUUUAAGAUAAAUUAUAAAUUUCCCCCAUUCCUUAUUAAAAAUUUGUCUUCCUGAUUUCCGACGGUUCCAGUCAUUUUAGUCAUUUCGGCAUAAUCCGUCAACUUGAUCUGCCGUUCUUCUCUGGUGGGGGCUUUAUCUUCUUUUGCUUCUCUCUUUCCCACAGAUCCCAGUGAGGAUCCCCAGCAGCCCAUGUCGCAUGUGGUGGAGCAGAACGGCGUCGAGUCGCCAGCCACCUGCCCCUCAGGCUGCCCCUGCGUCUGCCAUCAACAGCGGCCAGGCAUGGUCUUGGCUUGGGUUCCAGCACAUUCCCAGCAGGCCGACUGUGAGGACGGGCCUGCCUCAGACCUUUCGUCCUCUGCGGAUGAGGGAGGGCCUGUCUUCCAACACCUCUUGGUGCUCAAUGCCCCAGCUGCCCCCAGCCCCCCAGCCUGCAGUGGGCGGCCCCCUAAAUCCCGCCGUUCUCCCCGCAGCAAGAAGCCCCCUGACCCACCUCCCUCGGCCAACGGGCACCCCGAAGGCGGUGUGGUCUUGACGGGGUACCGAUCCACCGCCGAGCCUCUUCCGCUGCGCUGCCCGCCCUUGAUGCCCAAGCCCCCCCGGCGCAGCAAAGCGGGUUCCCUUGCCUCUUUGGAUGGCGAGGCCUUGCCCCCCGCCAUCCCACCCAAGGCCCCCACAAAACCGCCCCGCAACUCCUUAGUUCCUUUAGCCUACUCUCGCCGGAGUUCCCUGCAGUACCCGCUGGAGAUGAACCAAGCUCAAGGCGACACCUGCCUCCUCUCUGCGGUGGAAGGGCUCCUCAUGCCUCCCCCCUCAAUGCCCCCGCCGCCGCCACCCGUCUCCCAGGUGCAGGCGCCCCUUCCCCUCCCGCAGAACCAGCCCCCCCUGCCCCCUUCCUGCCAGUUGCCCACAACCAUGACUCCCCCUCCGCCCUCCCAGCCACCGCCACCAUUGCCUCAAGGCCUGCCUCCUCCUCCAACCCAGCCACCACCACCCUUGGGUGAAGGACUGUGUCAAGGUAAUGACAGCACCCUGCAAGUGAAAGACAUAAUUGGGGGGGGGGGUGGCCUGGGAAGGAUAAGAAGGGUGAAGUUAAGAGAUUUGUUAGGCUAAGAUUUAUUCAGGAUAUUCCAUGCCUCCUGAAAAGGUCCCAAGGAAAUUGGUCAGCAAGGAAAAUAAUAAAAGACUAAAAUUACCCAGAAUAUUGUAUUUUUCCAUGUAUAAGACGAUGCUUUUUGCUUAAAAAAAUUAGGCAAAAAUUGGGUGUCAUCUUAUACACGGAUAGUGAAUGCAGAGGGGGGACGUGCGAUUAAUGGCAGCAGCAAGCAGGAGAUUGGCAGCGGCGAUUGGGUGGGUGAUUGGUGGCUGCGGAAGGGCCUGCUGGCGAUUGGCUGCAGCAGUUGGGCAGGUGAUUGGCGGCUGUGGCAAGUGGGCGGGUGGGCUGUUGGCGGUGAGCGGGCAAACAAUUGGCAGCUGCGGUGAAGUGUGCGAUUGGCAGUGGCUGUGACAAGGGGUCAGCAGUGGCGGGCAGGCGAGUGAGCGAUUGGUGGAAGUGACCUCCCCUCCCCCCAAAAAGCUAAACAACUUAAUUUCUUAAUUUUGGGUUAAAAAAAAGAGAGGUCGUCUUAUACAUGUUGGUGUCUUAUAGAUGGAAAAGUACGGUAGUUACCUAAAAUAAAAUAAAAACGAGUGAGAGCAAUACCCUGCUGCCCACACAUAACUUUAUCUCUGCUCCUUUCCCAAUCUCAACUAACUCUGCAAAAUUUCUCUCUCACCAGAUGGCUGCGAAAAUGAAUGCCCGACUCCUGGAGACUCUGACGCGGAGACCCCAAAUGACGGGUGCGUUGGUGUUCUUCCGCGUGCCCGCAAAUUCCUGAAUGAAAGGUGUCCAUGGGUAUUUGUGUGCAAAGAGGAUGCUGAUCUUGAUCGGGGGAUGUUGUGAUGGGCUUGCCCAGAUUUCUGGGUGAUUCACAGUGGAUAUAGGGACAUAGGAAGUGAGGCAUUAUAUUUGAGUCAGCUUGCCCCACUUUGGACAAGCCACUGCCUUCUGGAGUGGAGAUUGAAUCUUGAGAGAGUUGUAACCUAAGCAAAGCAAAGUCUGCACUGUUAUCUCUACAGAACUGGUUGGAUCACUCCAGGUUUCUAGGGCAUAUCCCAGCUUUCAGGAGGGCAGAGGGUCUGUUUGCAUCAAUCAGAGUAUGGGGUUGGGAUACCGUCUUCUGCAAAUUGUGUCUGUUGAAGCAGGAGGCUGGACUUAAAAGUGCCAAAAACACACACAGAGAUUGUCAUGCAUUCUGCUUGUAUGAUCACUUAGCUGACCUUGCCUGUCCAGAGAAUCUCUCAACGUGCCUAAACUUCUACCAGGUCCAUUCUAACAUUCGUCCAUCUAGCUCAAUAUAAUCUACACUGGCUGGCAGCAUCUCUCCUGGGGUUUCAGACAUGGGACGUUCCUAGUCCUAAACGGAGAUGUUGGGUAUUGAACCAAGGACUUUCUGCAUGCAAAGCAGAUGCUCAGCCACUUAUUUUUUAAGUGGAUCUUACAAGCCUGCAGUCUGACUGCUCCAUCAUCCUUGGUUCAACCAGUAUGGCAUCAUCUCUUAAGAUAAUUUACCAGUUAGUUUCUUUCUGCUUCUCCUUCCUUGCAGACACUGCUCGGUGCUAUCCCCAAAGGGCCCUGACUGGGGACUUUACCUACAGGAUGGUAAGUGGGAAAUUGGUGCAGGAAAAGGGUUGAACCUGGAUCAAGCCAAAGGCCCAUUGAGUACAGCAUCCUGUUCUCACAGUGGCUAACUAGGGGCCCAUUCUGAGAAGUCAGCAAGCAGGACCAGCACUCUCCUCACUUGUGAUUCCAACCAAAUGGUAUUUAGAGACAUAAGGUCUCUGAAAGUGAAGGUAGAACAGAACUGUCAUGGCUAUUAGCCACCGAUAGACCUAUCCUCCUCCACUCCUCUCUUUAAAAGCUUUCCAAGUUGGCCAUCACUACAUCUUAUUUAUUUAUUUCAUAGAUUUCUAUACUGCCUAAUACAGCAACAGUGUUGUGGAGCAAAUUCCAGAGUUUAACCAUACGCAGUGUGAAGAAGUUCCUCCUUUUGUCUGUCACAAAUCUCCCGAUACUUAGCUUCCAUUAGAUUGCUUCUGGUUUUCAGGAAAUGCUCUGGGGGUUUAUUUAGUCCUGCCUUGCGGAACAACAACAACAGCAAGACAACAACAACCACAACAAAUACAGUGGUACCUCAGGUUACAUAUGCUUCAGGUUACAUACGCUUCAGGUUAGAGGCUCCGCUAACCCAGAAAUAGUGCUUCAGGUUAAGAACUUUGCUUCAGGAUAAGAACAGAAAUUGUGCUCCAGCGGCAGCAGGAGGCCCCAUUAGCUAAAGUGGUGCUUCAGGUUAAGAACAGUUUCAGGUUAAGAACAGACCUCCAGAAUGAAUUAAGUACUUAACCCAAGGUACCACUGUACAAAUAAUAAUAAUAAUAAUUUAUUUAUACCCCUCCCAUCUGGCUGAGUUUCCCCAGCCACUCUGGGUGGCUCCCAAUCGAGUGUUAAAAACAAUACAGCAUUAAAUAUUAAAAACUUCCCUAAACAGGGCUGUCUUCAGAUGUCUUUUAAAAAUAGGAUAGCUUCUUAUUUCCUUGACAUCUGAUGAAAUGAUGCCUAGUAACACAGAUCAACUACCAAUGCACUAUUAUUUGAUGCGAUACAGAAUACAUCUGCAAAAAAACACACAUCAGUCUGGAGGGGCUACGUGUCUCUUUUUGAAACCCUUUUCCAUCUCUUCCCUCCUCAGAGCCCCUGUACCAGACGUAUCGCCAGGCUGUCAUCUCCAAGGAGAUCAAGCGGCAAACGGUCCCCCGCAACAGCAGCUUCAGCAGCUCUGACUAUGGGGGCCCUUCCCCUGGCGAAGGGCCCGCGGGGCCUCGGGGCCCCAUCCCGCACAGCACGCUUUGGCAGGAGCUGCCCGCUGUGCGAGAGAGCGGCCUUCUGGGAAAUAUCAGCCCCGAAGAGAGGAAGAUGCAGGAGGUGAGUUGGCUGUUGUCUUGGGCAAAGUGAUCUCCUGCAGUUCUGCCACUGUGAGAUCCUGUCAUUGGAGAUGGGCAGAGACUGAAUCUGGGAUCUUGUGCAUAGUCAGAGCUGAGCCACAGCCUAAGACUGAAUGAAGAACUUUUUUGAGCCCAGAACACUUUGAGAACCAAAGACUUGUAGCAUUGGAAGAGACCCAUUAGUGCUGUUUAUUUGGUGUUUUUUUAAAAAAUGGGGUCAUUUUAUAAUUGUGCACAACUUUCAAAAGGGUGGCUCCUCAUUCACAAAUUGCAUGUGUUUGUUUUAUGUGUUUUAAUCGCUCAUUCUAAACUUUAGGAAGCAGAACACUUUCAGAUGAGUUUGUUCGGUGCUGAUCAGUGUUUGAAAAGCAUGAAUUGAUUUUACCCCGGGGCAAACAAAAUCCAAACUUUAAAUAUACAAGUUAAUUGGGUUCUCAAGUGGCCCAUCAUGGGAGAUGUGGUAGAUAGGUUUGCUUUUCCUGGCAUGCCACUUUUUAUGGUUCAUAGUAAUUAAUUAGUGAAAGAUAAAUAGAAUAGGUAGGAUUAGCUGUGUUCUGUCACAUCACACACACGGGCCUGGUUUGCACAUCAUGCUAUUCCAAACCAGAGAGAAGAUUGCAUCCAAUCUGCUCCUCCCUGGUCAUUCUGAAGCUGCGCCAUGCUGAACUAACAAAGAGCUCGGGUUUGUGUGUUGUCCAUACCUGGUUCAUGGCUUAGCCCUUUCCAGACUUAACCAUGAGCUGCAGCCAAGGUUUGCUGUACGAUUUACAGCUUGUGAUUUGUCCAGGAGAGCGACACUCCGGCCAAAUAAUUGCCUAGCUCAGCAUGGCACAGUAGCAAAAUAGCCAGGAAAGAGUUGAAGCGGCCACGAUCUCCCAUUCUGCAGCCUGCACGUCCGUGCUAACCAUGGUUUGGCGAAGUGCGACAGGCGAAGCAAACCAUGGUUGUGAUGAGUCCUGCCCAUCUCCUCCCACUGAUCCUCCUUUCCAUGGUUCUUGCCUCUCUGCCAUGUCCAGAGCCUUUUUGAGGUGGUGACCUCCGAGGCAUCCUACCUGCGCUCCCUGUUGCUGCUGAUCGAGCACUUUAUGGAAUCGCGGGACCUGACAGCCACCAUCCUUCUGCGCGAGCACCGCACCCUCUUUUCCAACAUCCGCAAAGUCAAGGAGGUCAGCGAAAGGUCAGCUCUGCCUCUUCCUCUUCCUUUCUUCUGUCCCCUUUCCCUAUAUCGCCAUGGGGCUAUCCAGAAAAGUAAAGGAAACUGAUCUAUGAUUAUGCAGGAAAAUAGGAGCCUGCCUUUUAUCAAGUCUGGGGACAUUUGCAACCCUGAGUUUGAACGUGGGACCUUCUGUAUGAAAAGCAUGUGCUCUGCCACUGACUUACAGCCCCUUCCCCACUUCUCGUGAAUGUCCCAUACACACACACACACACUGUAUUUUUCGCUCUAUAAGACACACUUUUUCCCUCCUAAAAAGUAAGGGGAAAUGUGUGUGCGUCUUAUGGAGCGAAUGCAGGCUGCACGGCUAUCUCAGAAGCCAGAACAGCGAGAGGGAUCGCUGUGCAGCGCUCCCUCUUGCUGUUCUAGCUUCUGGUUUAGCCGCGCAAAGCCUCUUCAGGGCACGGGGAGCCUUAAUCCCACUGCCCUGAGGAGGCUUCACGCGGCUAUCCCAGAAGCCAGAACAGCGAGAGGGAUCGCUGUGCAGUGCUCCCUCUUGCUGUUGUAGCUUCUGACUUAGCCCCUCUGUCCCUUCCCCCACUUCCCGGAAAAGCCCGCAGGAGCCGUGCUCCCUUUAAACAGCGCGCGGCUCUUGCUGGCUUUUGCGGGAGGUGGGGGAAGGGACAGAGGGCAGCCCCUCAGUCCCUUCACCCACUUCCUGGGAAAGCCUGCAAGAGCCACACUCCCUUUCACGAGGGAUGCAUACAGGCUCUGCUCAGCGCUCGAGGGAUGCAUACAGGCUCUGCUCAGCGCUCCCUUUAAAGAAUAUUUUUUUUCUUGCAUUCCCCCUCUAAAAACUGGGUGCGUCUUAUGGUCUGGUGUGAAAAAUACGGUAUAUUCAUGAUGCCAGUCCUUCCCCUUUGGCAGAUUUCUGCAUGAUCUUGAAGGACGCCUGGCCGAGAGCCUGCAGAUCUCGGACGUCUGUGACAUAGUGGAGACACAUGCACAGCAGAACUUCUCGGUCUACAUUGACUACGUGCGCAACCAGCUGUACCAAGAGAAGACCUACAGCGGCCUCAUGUGAGUGGCAGAAAGAGAGAAGGAAGCAAAAGGAGUUCCGUUGGGAGACUCUUGAUAGUUUCAAAGGUCUCUCGAUGGGAAUAGGGAGCCGCUAGCCAAAGAAUCUCUUUCUUUUGCGGUUGGUCUAGCAAUGUCGGAUUGUGUCUUUGUUUUUUAUCUAGCGCAUUUAAAAACCAUGCUGUUUGGGCUGAAAGGUAUUCCAGAGUGGCUUCAGAAAAAGAAAAACAGCAUUAAGAUGGUCCCUGCCCUCUCAGGCUUAGAAUCUAGAAGAGACAACAUGAAAGGGAAAAGGGGAGAUGAGGGAGGAGGACGAGAACAAGCUCAGGCACCAGUUCUUAAAGUUACCCUUCUAAUAUUGACCAGCUGGGACGGAGACAGUUCAGGUAGCCCUGUGGAAUGGCUGCCUGCUAUGUGACGGUUGAGGCAAGGUCAGAAGUGGAGGCACUGAAACAGCCCUUCUUCUUCUUUUGCUCUGCAGCCUGAUGGAAUAGCUGCUUGCUUGUGUGUUCAUAAGAAGCUGCAUUAUAUGGAUUCAGACCUUUGGUCCAUUGAGCUCAGUAUUGGCUACCAAUUUUUUAUGUUUUGAAUGGUUCUUAUUUUUAUUGGGAAGCUGCCUUGAGUCCUGUGUCAGGCAGAAAGGCAGGGAAUAAAUAUAAUAAUAAUAAUAAUAAUAAUAAUAAUAGAUGUUGUUGUUGUUGUUGUUGUUGUUGUUGUUGUUGUUAUUAUUAUUACACUGAUAGGUCAGGGCUCUCCAGUUCAACAACAUCUGGAGGGCUAGCCCUGGUUUAGGGCUUUAAAGGUAACCACCUGCGCUUUAAAUCAGCUCUGGAAAUGAACCAGCAUAGCCGGUACAGAAUAGCAUUCAUAUGCCCCCAUCGCUUGCCCCUCUCAAGUAACGAGGCAGCUGUGUUUUGUACCAGAGGAAGCUUCUGAACCACCUUGAAAGGCAGCCCCACGUAGAAUGUGUUGCUGUAGUCUAGUCUGGGUGUAACCUGGGCAUAUAUAACUAUGGCAAGUUCCAUCCUCCCCUCUCUAGGUGGCGCUGCAGCAGGAAGACAUAGCCCUCUUUCCUGAUCCAAUCCUGCCUCCUCUCUUCCUUCUCAGGGAGAAGAACCCCCAGUUUGCCAUUGUCGUCACCCGGCUCCAGGAGCUCCCCCAAUGCCAGCGGCUCCCCUUCAUGUCCUUCCUGCUGCUUCCUUUCCAGAGGAUCACCCGGAUCAAGAUGCUCAUAGAGGUGGGGGCUCUGGAGACAUUCAUAGAACCAUAGAAUCGUAGAGCUGGAAGCAUCUGCCAACCAUUAUCUAUCUUCCCCUGUAACGUGUAGCUGCAGAGGGAGAGCAUUGAGAGUUUUCUAAGGCACACUCAGUGCAAGUCUUCAGCGAGGUCCAGCAGAAGUGCUGUUGGCACCUUGGGCAAAUGGGAGAUGCUCUCCCAGAAUCCUCUGCAAAUCUCAGAGGUUGUGUGGCAGAUGUGUCAAUGUGGGAGGGGGUUAAAGGGACACCUGACCAUUAGGUCCAGUCGUGGACAACUCUGGGGUUGCGGCGCUCAUCUCGCUUUAUUGGCCGAGGGAGCCGGCGUAAAGCUUCCGGGUCAUGUGGCCAGCAUGACUAAGACGCUUCUGGCACACCAGAGCAGCGCACAGAAACGCCGUUUACCUUCCCGCCAGAACGGUACCUAUUUAUCUACUUGCACUUUGACGUGCUUUCAAACUGCUAGGUGGGCAGGAGCUGGGACUGAGCAACGGGAGCUCACCCCGUUGCUGGGAUUCGAACCGCCGACCUUCCUAUCAGCAAGCCCUAGGCUCUGUGGUUUAACCCACAACGCCACCCGUUCGUCCAAUUGCUUAAGAGCAGAGGGUGCACCUGAAACCCCUCUUCCAGCCCCUUUUCUUCCCCCUCUAACUUUACUUGUUUCUCCUAGAAUAUCCUGCGUCGGACAGAAGAAGGCUCAUUGCGAGAGCAGAACGCCAUGAAAGCUUUGUCCUCAGUUUCCAAGGUGAGGAUGACACUGAUUAUGUGAACUUACGAAGCCAUCUCAGACCGAGUCAACCCUGCUAUUGUGAUUGGCAGCAGCUCUGCAGGGUCUUUUCCAGCGCUGCUACCAAAUAUCAUCUCAAACCAGAGAUGCCCUCGGUUGACCUUGGAAUCUUUGCCACCCAAAGCACCGGAUGUGCUAUUGAGCCAUGGCCUUGUUUGCACUACACUGCUUAAUCCUGCUCCUUCCCAAUAGUCAGGUGCUAAGUGCCAAUGGCUAUGUAGCCAGAAUGGGGCCGAGGGUGAAGCAAGAGUUGGGGUGAAAUCCCAAGUUUCACAGUAGUACACAAAAAAAAAAUUGGAAGAAAAACGAACCCAAAUUUACCCUGAUGAGGACUGAGCAUGUUUACUAGCCAAGAAGAAUGGAAUGGAAUGGAGUACGCUGGAAAGGGUGUGGUUGGCUGGAGCACUGCACACUACUGCAUUUUGUUGCUGAUAUUUGCAUGUUUGUAUAUUUUUAAUACCGCCUGUUUCCUAAGCAUUCCCUUCCCUUUGCGGUAGAUCAGCAGUCUCUCGAUGAGCACAAGUAACGUGACUCUCUCCUCUCUCUCCUUUUCCCAUUCCCUCAAUCUCUGACCAAGAUAAUAGAAGAAUGUAACUCUGAGGUGGGCCGCAUGCGUCACAUGGAGGAGCUCAUCCACAUCGCCAGCAAGAUCGAGUUUGACAAGCUUAAGGUCAGGAAGGCUUCAGCUCUCUGCCUUGCUUUUGGGCUCACUCCAAAUAGCUCUUCUCUGAUCCUCUCUGCCUGCCUAAAUUGUGGGUUGAAAACAUUGCUGUGCCUCUUCCUCUUUGCGACUUGUGCUAAGCAGCGUAACAGAGCUCAUUACGUUAUUUUUCUCCGCUUGGUUCCGAAUAUCUUCCUCUCCUUUACAACUGUGCCUUGCCCAACCCUUGGAAAUAAUAAGUCAUUUGAUUGCGUUCCCUGGAAUCAGUACGCUAUCUGUGUGAUUGGAGCGUUGAUGAUCUGUGAAUUUAGGGUUCAAACCCUCACUCGGCCUUGAAGCACACUGGCUGAUCUUGGGCCGGGGUCCCUCAGCCUAGUCUACCUCACAGGGUUGUUGUGAAAAUAACAUUGCCUAUCUGCCGCCACCUUCAGCUCCUUGGAAGAAGAGCAGCACGUAAAUGUAACAAUAAUUGCAAGAUUCAUGCUAUUAAUAGACAUUGUGAAGAUCUUAUUUACAGUUAAGCAGUAUACACAUUCCACUAAUUAAUUAAUUAAUUAAUUGAGCUAAUUAAAACCUUUAAAGCCCUAUACGGCCUAGGACCCUCGUACCUACGGGACUGCCUCUCCUGGUAUGUCCCACAGAGGAACUUACGGUCUUCAAACAAAAACAUCCUGAAGGUCCCAGGCCACAGAGAGGUUAGGCUGGCCUCACCUAGAGCCAGGGCUUCUUCGGCUGUGGCUCCGAUGUGGUGGAAUGCUCUGCCACAAGAGACUAGGGCCCUGCUGGACUUGACAUCUUUCCGCAGGGCCUGCAAGGCAGCUGUUCCACCAGGCCUUUGGUCAGGGCGCAGCCUGACUCCCUCCUUUGGCAAUCUUCACAGAACUUUAGCCUAAUGGUUGCCAUCAAUUUGGUUUGAAUUAAUUUUAUAAUGAAAUGAUUUUAGAAUGUUUGUACUAUUUUAUUGUUGUUAGCCACCCUGAGCCUGGCUUCGGCUGGGAAAGGUGGGAUAUAAAUAAAAUUUAUUAUUAUUAUUAUUAUUAAUUGAGUUAAUUACUUAAUUAAUUAAUUGAGUUGGCUUGCUGGUCAGCACCACCCCUUUCGGAGGCAGUGUGCUUCUGAAUUCCAGUUGCGGAAACCGCAGGUGGGGAGAAUGCUGUUGUGCUCAGGUUCUGCUGCUGAAUGGGCUUCCCAUUGUGGGCAUCUGGUUGGCCAAAAUGAGAACAGGAUGCUGGACUAGAUGGCCCAUUGGCCUGAUCCAGGAGGGAUCACCAUAUUGUUCUUAAUAGACCAGUUAAAUAUUGCCAGUUGACCAUCAACUCUUUGUCAAAUAUGCCCAGAAACUUUGAUGUCAGGGAUGCUCAAGAAAUUAGCCCGCUGGCCUUAUUUACUCACUUAGAACAACCACCUCUUAAAAAAGAAAAGAAAAAAAGUGAGGCUUUGCCAUUGCUUCUCUUUCUUUCUGUUUUUAAUUUUGGUGUUUUUAGACUUUGCGACUCAAGGCUGACCCGCUUGUUCCAGGAUAAAAGCCAAAGAAAGCCCAGAGCCGUUAGUUAAUCACUCACAGUUCUGGAAAGUUUACCGUACUUUUCCAUCUAUAAGACAUCCCCAUGUAUAGGACACCCCCUAUUUUGGGGGACUCAAAUUUAAGAAAAUGGGGGGAGAUGGCACAGAGUUGUUGAGCUUUUUUUGCAGAGGAUUACCCAGGGUUGUUGAGGUGUUUUUUUUUGGGAGGGGUGCCGAUAAUCACUCACCCAUCGCUAAAUCUGCCUCCUGUCUGUCACAUCGCCUGCAUAAGUUGCCAAUCGACCGCCCAAAUACGGUACAUAAAGGAGCAUCAGCCAAUCAACACUACCCAGUGUGGUGUAGUGGUGAGAGCCAGUGUGGUGUAGUUGUUAAGAGCGGUAGACUCGUAAUCUGGUGAACCGGGUUCGCUUCCCCGCUCCUCCACAUGCAGCUGCUGGGCAACUUUGGGCUAGUCACACUUCUCUGAAGUCUCUCAGCCCCACUCACCUCACAGAGUGUUUGUUGUGGGGGAGGAAGGGAAAGGAGAAUGUUAGCCACUUUGAGACUCCUUCGGGUAGUGAUAAAGCAGGAUAUCAAAUCCAAACUCUUCUUCUUCUUCUACCCAUUGACGCAGCAGCCAAUAACACGCACAAUAGCCGCUGACAACCUUGGCAGCAACCAAUCAAAUGUCCACCCUAUGCACUGCCCAUGUAUAAGACGACCCCCACUUUUUAGCAUGAUUUUUAAAGAAAAAAACAUAGUCCUAUACACGGAAAAGUACGGUGCUUCCCAUUGCUUAGAGGAAAGAAAAAGUUAAUUUCAUUGUUUCACAAUGGCCGUUGUUGUUGUCUUUUCAAAAAAAAAAAUUAGUGUAAGUGUAAAACCUGUAAAUAAUUAAAGCACCCUUGUGUUUGAUCGGAUGAAGUUAAUGCUGUCUAAAAAACAUUUGACCUGACACUUGAACACACACACACACACGUCAAAUGCUCAGCAGAAAGUAAUCCAAGUUGGUGGCCUGUUUUGGGGGCUUCAAUUCUGCUUUGAUUUCUCUUUGAUCCAGGCAGUUCCCAUCAUCUCCCAGAGCCGGCAGCUGCUGAAACAGGGUGAGCUGUUGGAGGUGGUGCACCGGGGCACCAUCUUUGGCACCAAGCCCAAACUGGUCCCCAUUUACUUGUACCUCUUCAACGACCUGCUGCUCAUCACCCAGCGGAAGAGGUGAGCUGAAAAAUAGCGAGCUGCCUUACAGCAGAGUCAACCAGAGUCUUGGCCCAUCUCCCUUGGUAUUAUGUGCAGGGGCUCUCCAGAGUUUCAGACAGGAGACUUAUUCCCAGCCCUACCUGGAGAUGCUGGGGAUUAAGCCCUGGGGUCUUCUGCAUGCAAGUCAGAUGCUCUGACCUACGACUCUUGGCUUAUAUGGGGUUCAAUCCCAUGAUCUUGGUGGUAUCAGCCCCAGGCUGAGCUAACACGCUGGAUUUUUUUCUCCUUGGCAAGGAGUGGUUGAGUAGGUUGUGCUUGGCCCCCCAACAAAGGAAAGGGCAUGCAAAUUUUGGACAGGGUCAAUAUGGGGAAGGGAAGGGAUCUUAAGAAGUGACUCAUGGGGCAGAGAAGCAGAAUCGGGUAGCUGAAAGCCUGCAGCCUGUGAUACAUUUAUACAAAUUUUAAGUCUCAGUCAGUUGCCCGCUUUCCAAACCUGUUGCUGUAUUCUCAAGGACUAGAAAUUUUAAAAAUAAUAAGUUCGGUUUACAAACGGAAUCCGUUCCAAAAGUCUGUUCUUAAACCGAAACCGUUCUUAAACCGAGGCACGCUUUCCCUAAUGAGGCCUCCUGGUGCCCUUUCACUGUUCGGCUUCCAUUCUUAGACUGAGGUAAAGUUUGCAAACCGGGACACUCCUUCCGGUUUUGCGGAGUUUGUAAACCGAAUCAUUCGUAAACAGGACUGUUCUUAAACCGAGGUACCACUGUACAGUCAAACCUUGGUUUCUGAACGCCGAAAAUCCAGAAGUAAAUGCUCCAGUUUUUGGAUGAUUUUCGGAAGCUGAAUAUGCUACUGAACAUGCUACCCUAUUGUAUUGAGGCUUCUGCUUUCAGUUUUCAGUUGUCGAACACUUCAGAAGUCAAACGGUCUUCCGGAAUGGAUUACAUUUGACAACCGAGGUUUGACUGUAAUCAUAAGAGUGGAGAUUGCCCAAGUGUUGGCUGCUUGUGGGGUGUGAACAUGGCAAAGCACACACCAGUCUAUUUAAUUCCACUUUGCUGAAGGAAUAGAAGCCAUUUUUCAAGAUGAUGUUUUCUGCAAAGAAAUGGGGCUUAUACGUGCACAUUGCGGUUUAGCAGUCCCUCUGCUAUAGGUUUUCUCCUCUGCUUCACCCUCUCCUGCAGUUCAGAGCGCUUUGUGGUGCUGGAUUAUGCCCACCGCUCUCUCGUCCAGGCCCAGGGCUGCUGCGAAUCCUCCACAAGCCACAGCGCGGAGAACAGCUUCUACCUGACGCUGCUGGAGAACCACCAAGGACGGAACAGUGACCGGCUCUGCCGUGCCCCAACACAGUGAGUGGCAGAGAUCAGGCUGGGCGUGGGAUUCGGGAAGAAAAUGACAAGUAGCUAAAGCCCUGGUUCUUACAUAAUGCAAACCCGUUGUUGAUUCAACCGUGGUUUCUUACACCUUGGCUUUGCGUUGCAUGCAAACUCUGCCCUGGGGCUUCCCUAUGGUUCUGAUGCAUUGAAUCACUUUCCAAAAAAACAUUCUUGCAGGACGGCAAUUGCCUCACCUCUUCCAGAACCAGCCCACCAUGGCGAAAGAUGCUUUUCAUGGAUUUGUCAUUUGUUUUCAGGUCAGAUAUGCACCGCUGGAUGGGUGCUUUUCCUCGCCAUGAAUCCCAGUCGGUUGGCAAACAGGAAACCAUCUAUGAGGACUGGGGUGAGACACAUUGGUUUCAUGUACACACUGCCUAAAAUCUGCUCUUGUCAUUACUACCAGCUAAAUUUAUUUGCUUUCUUGUUAUAUUUAGAUCCCAUAUAAUAUAAUACAAUAAUAUAAUACAAAUACAAGGAGUGUGUGUCCCCCCCAAAUUUUUUUUUAUUCUCCUGACAACCUUGUGAGAUAGGUUAGCCUUAGAGAAGGUGUCUGGCCUAGUAUCACCCACCUGAGCUUCACUGCCAUGCAAGAAUUUGAACUCGGGUCUCCCAGGUCUUGGUCUGAGGCUGUGUACACACUAUGUCUCUGGAGUCCAUUCAAAGCCUGUUCAUUCCCUCAGAGAAUUCUGGGCGUCGUAGUACGUUAAGAUUUGCUGGGGAUUGUAACUCUGUGAGGGGUAAACUACAGGGCCCAGAAUUCUUUGAGGGGAAAGAGUGUUCCUUGAAUGUGCUUGAAGGGUAUGUAGUGUGUAUAUAGCCCAACGCUCUAACUGCUUCAGAGGUUGGGUUUGAAUCAGGAUGGUGGUGCUGGGAUGGCAGUGGUGGUCAGCCCCCAUGUACAUUGAUUUUCUUGGAUUUGUUUAUAAAAAUACUUGUAUACCACAAUUUCAUUUUUUAAAAAAAUACCAAGUCGGUUUACAGCAAUUAUACACAGCAUACAUAACGAAAACCACAUCGAGAUUUAAAAUUAUAGAUCAGCAGCUAACUGUGACAGGAAAUGUUUUUCUUCAUGGUCUGUGUAAGCCUCACAAUUGUAAGCUGCACAAGCUCACCAAUAUAAAAUGAUGCCUUCACCUUAGAGCUGCGGUUCCCUUCAAUUACUGGUAACUAGUAAGUUAUUUCUUUGAGGGCAGGACCCUCUUCCCCUUCCUGGUCAUGAACCAUAAUCCCCAGAUUCCCAGUGUUCAUUUUCUGGUUUUUAAAUAAGAAAAAGAGAGCAAGUUUCUAGUGUUUGUAGAACCUGCAAUACAAGGCAAAAUGUACUAUUCUCAUUGUUUUUCGUGAGGAACAGGUCUGUGUCCAACCUGCUCUCAGUGUUUAAUUUGCCUCCCCCUGGAACUAUUCUUGUGGAUGUGUGUUCCUUCCUCCAUGACUGUGUGUCCAAUUAUAGGAAGAUCAUUUUCACCUAUAUCUGUAAACCUCCCUGUACCCUAUGCCAAUGCCACUUUUUCCUUCUUUCACCCUCCCUCCUUCCCUCUUUCCUCACAGACUGCCCUCAGGUGCAGUGCAUUGAGACCUACUCUGCUGCCCAGGCCGACGAACUGAGCCUAGAGCCUACAGACAUUGUCAAUGUGCUACGCAAAACCAACGAGGGUAUGUGUGUGUUUAAUAUCGAAAUGCGCGUACGUUUAAUAGCGACGUGUGUGGAGUUAUCGAAUCACUCUGUAAAAGUGUCACUUAUCCCAGAUAGAUAAAGGGGAGGCGGGAGACAUUCAUCACCUAAGGUAUGCCAUGUUUAAACAUGGAGGUAGUUAAAACUAUGGAAUUUGCACCCAGAGGCAACAUAUGGUUCUGAAUCCCAGUUCCUGGAAACCGCAGGUGGGGAGAGUGUGGCUGCGCUCGGAUCCAUCUUCUGGCCUUCUCACCAGGGCAUCGUGAGAGAACAAGAUGUUGGACAGUAUGGGCCAUUGGGCUAGUCCAUCAAAACUCUUCUUAAGUUCUUAGAAGGCGGUGUUUUUUGAAGUUGAGGCCUGUAGCUACCGAAAGAACGGUCCUCCUUCAGUUUUUGACACACACACACUCCCUGCAAUCUAGGGCCCACACACUUUAUUGAUAUGCUGUGUUCUGACCCCAGCCUUCCUGCGAAGCAGCAGGGCUGCUCUGGAAGCUUCUGGAAGCUUCAAACCCAACUCCCGAGAGAACCCCCCCUCCUAGUGGCUUUGAAGGUGAGGAAAGGGGCGGACAGAAAGCGAGAGGCUGACGGGUAUCCUUCACUUUUCCUCCCCUCUUGUAGGCUGGUAUGAGGGCGUCCGCCUGACCGACGGCAAGAAGGGCUGGUUCCCCUCGCGCUACGUGCAGGAGAUCACGAACGAGCAUGUGCGGCGGCGCAACCUCCGCGAGCGCUACCGCGUCCUGCAGGCCGCCCGCCAACUCCAGCUGACGCGCACCAGCCACACGAAGAGCAAGUACAGUUCGGCCUGAGGCGGCGGGCACAGAGCCACGGAACGAGGAUGUUUAUCUCACUACUGGGCUCAGACUAAGAGCAACAUCUGCUCUGCUCAGGGCAGGAGAAGCACUGCCACAAAGGGGGGCACCAAAGAUGGCAGCAGUAGGUGGCGCUAGAGGGGAGCAAGACCAAUAUAUAGCACAUGCCCACAAUGCUUCUCGCUGGACGUAGACUGUAAUGCCACAAGUGGGCCACUGGAGGCGUCGGAGGCACACCACCCAACCUGCCUGCUUUGCCUGCUGUUUGCCAGAAGAGGGCGGUAUUGCCAGCAUCUUCAGCUUCAUUGCACUGUGCACAGAGCCACUUACGGUUGGUUCAACUACAAACUCGUCCGAACUCUUCAGCACUUGUCCUGCUUGGUGGGGGAGCUCAAUGCCCAGGGCGAUGACAGCCAACUUCCUCAGCCAGAGGGAGGGGUGGGUAGGUGGGCCGCCUCCAGCAAUUCUGCAUGGGAAAAAGCCAGAUCGCCCCACCCACACCCAUGGCAUCAUUGCCAGGCCAGAUGCAUUGAGGUAGAUGAUUCAGGGGCACCCGCAAUGACAACUUUUGUCAGCGCAGGGAUUAUUUUUUCCUGUCUGCGCGGGUGGCGCUGUGGUCUAAAUAACAGAGCCUAGGGCUUGCCAAUCAGAAGGUCAGCAGUUCGAAUCCCCGCGACGGGGUGAGCUCCCGUUGCUCCGUCCCUGCUCCUGCCAGCCUAGCAGUUCGAAAGCACGAAGUGCAAGUAGAUAAAUAGGUACCACUCUGGCAGGAAGGUAAACGGUGUUUCCAUGCGCUGCUCUGGUUCACCAGAAGCUGGCCACAUCAGCCAGUAAAGCGAGAUGAGCACCGCAACCCCAGAGUCGUCCGUGAUUGGGCCUAACGGUCAGGGGUCCCUUUACCUUUACCUCCUGCGCUCAGAGGGUUAAAUUUAUGUGCUUUCAAAGACUGGGUCCCUUUUUCACACAGAGAGGAGCAGCUAGUUGGAGCCUCCAUUUUCCAACGCCUGUUAACAAUGCGGGAGGUGGGCACUCCAUUUCAAAGCAGGGUUGCAAGUGUAGUCCGCCCCAUUCCCAGAAUCAGAUGCCUGAACACAGCACCUUCUUUGCCAGCAAGCUGGAGCCGGAUUUGCACACAGCCCCCAUCCUCCUCUGGAUACAGAGGGUCAAUUCCACGUGUGGGUAAACUGACCCAGAACCUGCCCCACGGCCUCGUGGGCAUGAUGCUGCUUCCCACGCCCUACCCCUGGCUCUGGAGGGUGCCCUAACUGUGGGGUUGGCCGUGCCUUUUCCUAUCAGGCCAUGUUAGGAACCUGGGAUUUACCUUUUGCAAAAGUGGGGAAUCCCUUCCUCUUGGUGCCAUCGAUCUCUGCUAAUAUUGCAGAGACUCUCCCUGCUGUUCUUCGCCUCAGGGCCCUCUCUCUACCUCAGCGGCUAUGCUCCUUGCCAACUAGCACCCCCGCUUCUCCUUUAGCCCUUGCAGGGGAUUGGGGCCUCCUGGCUCUGCCCACUUUUCAGGACUCGGCCGCUCAUUUCUUCUCCUCUGGCGCUGGCGUCUGAUCUGCUUGCCCCCCCCCCGCCUCCAAAUGCAUUUCCCUACCGCCAAUGUUGCAAGCCUGCCAGAGUUUCCUCGGCCUUUCUUGCAUCUUCUUCCCUGCUUCCACUCUCGAAACGUGGCCACGGACCGGCUUCUAUUUAUUAUAUAUGACAGCCUCUUAACUCCUAUAUCCUAGAGGAGGAGAUUUCUGCACCCCCACCAGCUCUGGUAGCAUCAAGGAGGUGCGGACGAAAAAGAUGUUUAACUUAUUCUGUACCAUAUUUGCCUGCACUGUUGUCUUUUCGUUUUCGUUUUGUGUUUUUCUAUCGGAAUUGCUUUUUUAAAAAAAUGAAGAUGAUGGAAGAACAUUGUGGCAAUGGGCUUUUUCUCUGCCUGCAAGCGGCUCCUUCUCUGGUGUUUGCAGAUCCUUUUAAAAUACUGGUGACAUUACUUUUUCCUACGUCCAUGCUCCAUCCACAUGGGGAGAUGAGAACACUGUCUUAGCCAGCCCUGUAGUAUCCACUACUGUACCAGUGGCUCUUCUGACCCUUAGGCUUGCGGUUUCCUACAUUUAAAGAUUCUUCUGAGCUCAAGCCCCUUCCCUUUCCAGACAAACGGGGGG